AUGGAGUCUCCCACCAAAGAGAUCGAGGAGUUUGAAAGCACGGCCCUGAAGUACCUCCAGCCCGAACAGAUUGAGAAGAUCUGGCUCAGGCUCCGUGGACUGUGAGUAUAACCACUUUUACUCUUUGUCAACAAGUGUGUUUAUGUUUAAAGUGUGUGUUGUUUCUUUUGUGUUAGCCAGACUAAUAUUAAAGUUAAGCCUCAUUCUUUGUUUUCCUAAUGAAAAAUGUGUCUUUGUGUGUAAGAAAAACUAAUCAUGAAAGAGCGAACGCUACUUGAAACUUGAAGAAGCAGGAAACACACGCACACAAAAAUGAAAUGACUAAAACCAAACAGCUUUGAGCUACAUCCUUUGAACUCUUUGAACGGUUUAUUAGACAUAAAGAAAAAAGGAAAGAACAUCAGAGCUGGAGCGUUAAUGCAGGGAGGCUUACUCACACUUUCACCCUUAUUGCAUGUUUUUUUUUCUUUCUUUUUACCAGAAGUAUUAAAGAGAGGAGGACAUGAUUAGGUUUCUUGCCGCAUGUGAGCGCUGACUUGCAAUCAAGCACCUGUUGUGCAUGUCGAAUAAGGGCGCAACAGGAGAAUACAUUUCUGCUCGGAUGAAUUAAUGAGGACAUUUUCUCAUAGAUAUUGAGCCUUAAGGAAAUUUCUCUCCCUCUUCUCAUUUUAAUUCAUGCUAAAGCCUUCUUGAGCAUUCUUCUGCUUCCUCCAGCCCCUUAAGGGAGAUCUUUUUUUUUUUUCUUUAUACCCCCUACCACUCCACUUCUUCUUAUUCUCCAUCCAAUCAACACCUUUCUGACCUUUUGCCCUAAAAAGACAGCUCCGCACGCUGUGUAUGCCACAAUCACGGGGGGAUGUUCUCUUAUCCAUUUUCAGCUCUUAUUCGUCGUACUCAGCGGGGAGCAGAAGACAGAGGUGUUGAAAAGAGGGUUGUGCUUGUAAGAGGAAAAAAAAAAAACUUGAAUGUUACUGCAGCAGGUCUGAAUGAGGAGCAGUUUUCUCCUGCGCCACAGACUUUCCCCCUGAGGAAUGAACCACGCAUGAGGGUGCAGUUCAGCUACCCGCCGUCCUCCCCUCCUCUACCCCAACACUUUAUUUUCAUUUGUUAUUCUUCUUUUGUGAUUAGUCAUUGUUUCUCUCUCUCUGCUGUGUCAUAAACCCAAUAUUCACCCCUCCCUGCUCCCUGUCCAGCCAUCAUCAUCAUCAUCAUCAUCAUCAUCAUCAUCAUCAUCAUCAUCAUCAUCCCCUGCCACAUUCAGUUUCCUCGGAUGGCUUGAUUGUCUCCCCAGUUUGGCCACUGUCAUAAAUUCUCAAUCAUAACCAUCUGUCUGUUUGGAUAUUUGAUGGAUAGUGAGUCAGAGGAAGCUGAACUGGAGGGUGGGGGGGUUGGGUUUGUUUGUUUUUUUUAUUUUUUCAUCAUGGCUACGCUGGCGUCUGCUGGGUUCUCUGAGGGCUCCUGUUGCGUGUCAGAGAUCACAUUAGCCUUUAAUCUCACAAAGAGCCUCCGUCUGAAGAGAGAGGGAGCUCUGACUGACAGGCAGCCCUCACAGAUGUUGAUGCUACACAUGUUGUACUUUUAAUAGUGUGCAGCAUAUAGAUAUAUAUAUGUGUGUGUUUGUGUGUGUGAUACUGGGAAAGGUUAGCUGUGCGUGCGCUGGUGUGGAUGGUAUAGAUCGGAUGUGCGUUUAAGAGGCAGCUUGGUGACAUUUACUGUAUGUGCUGCCAGCUUAUCCUCGGAGAUUUGUUUGGCAGCUGUAUGAUCUGUUUGUGUGUUUAUUUGUGUGUGUGUGUAUGUGUGUGUUUGUGAGUGCUGAAUGGCUCUCUCUGGCACAGGGUAGUCCACAGAGUGCACCAAUCAUCCACGGACAGGCAGAGAGAGAGAGAGAGAGCAUUUGCUUCGGACAGUUUUUUGCCUCUGCUCCACCUUCAGUGACGCAGACUAAAGCCUGCUGACAUAAACUGAUGGAGGCAUGAACAGCGGGUUGUCUUUUAUUACUUCCACGCUGACAAACGGCCCCCCUCUAUGUUUUUUUUUUGCAUAGGUGAAUGAACUCCGAUAGAUUUCCAUUGAUGAAUUAGAUCGGUGCGACACACUGACCUCUCUGUCACCCAUUGAUUAAUUGAAAUCAAUGCAUUAUUUAACCACUUGAUCAACACUUCAUAACAGAGAGCUCCCUCAAGGGAAGGGCAGCUUUGACACGGCCCCAAGGAGGAUCCAAGCGGCCGGGUGACUGCUUUAUGAAGUGUUUUUUAGUUUCAAGGCACUCACUGAGAUAAAACAUCGGCUGUUUGCAAAGAUGGACGAUGCAUCUCCUCCUCCUCCUGUUGUAUAAAGACGAAGCCAAACACCCCUCUUAUUGGAGCUGAUGUAUAGCGCCGGUGACCUUUAUGAACGAGAGUCUGAGCGAUAGAGGUUGGCCGGUGGAGUGUUAGUAUUGAUGCGUUGCCCCUCCUGGUAAUUUAACUGACAAAACAGCAUAACAACCCAACAGUGUGACAACGUGACAGUCCAAAACAGACACUUGUUGCAAUGGAAAGUUUAGUGACUCGUGUGUAAGGGUUUGUUUACCCCACUUUAAAGCAUAAAAUCAACAAUUAAAAACAAACACCAAGAAUAAAUUAGCAUAAAGAUGAAGCGAUCAACGGUGCUUUCACAAGGAACUCUGUAUCGACCCCUUGAAAGUCCCUUGCUAAGGGAGGGAAACUUUUCAAAAGUCCAGGAACUUUGUUGGACAAGGCCUGGAGAUGUUUUUGUUUACAUAUCAGGUCCUUGAUUUACAUUUAAAGCAUUGGUAGCUAUGAGAACUGACCAUAGACUUUAUUAAUGCUGCGUUCGAGUUACCUCUGAAGUCAGAAGUCUGCGCUGAAAAUGACGUCACACCCGAGUUACCAGUGUUUCAGUUACCAAGUCGGAAAAAAGCAAAAUGAGAGGCAAAAAACAAGAUGGCUACAUCUACGAAAGUUAUUUUAGCACUUGCCUCAUAUUUGGACAAGGCAAUCGCUAAAAUAACUUGCUUAGAUGUAGGCAUCUUGUUUCCGCCUCCGAUUUUGCUUUUUUCGGACUUGGUAACUAAAACGCUGGUAACUCGGUUGUGACGUCACUUUCAGCGCAGACCUCUGACUUCCGAGGUAAUUAGGAUGGACGUAGUGUUGAUGACGUCACCUCUUUGUUUGUAAGGCAGAGUUUUGAAGCCCAUCUGCAGCAGUCACCAUAUCGAUAGUGCUGACUUAACCUAGGGUGACCAUACGCCCUCUUUUACCUGGACAUGUCCUCUUUUUGGGGGGGCUGUCAGGCCUUGUCCGGCUUUGUCCAGGGAGGUUUAUAAAAUCCUUAAAAUGUCCGGGGUUUAGUAUGGAAGUUUCAAGUUUGUGUUGCAUGGACUUACUGAGUUAGAAGCGUGUAAAAGACACUCGAUCCGACCUGAAAAACUGUCAAAAUUAACUAUGCAUGACUCCAUGACUCCGCCCCCAUGUAGUCGUGUCCUCGUUUUGGGGAUUCAGAAUAUUGUCACCCUUCUUAACCUAACUUUCAGCCAAUCUGAGGCGGGCCUUCUACCUUCUCCCAAAUGACAAUAGAGUGACAGUCAAGUCAGCUCGCCUAAACUUCAUAACUCUGAAAUGAAUGCAUUACACUCUGUUCAGUGGGAGCCCUGAGCUAUUCAGACCAAAAAUGCUUUUCAAACCAGGCUGUAAACAUACUUUUGCUUUUUUUGGCUCAGUAAGUACAUGACUUCACAGUGUCUCUGCAUCAACUGGACACUUAGGGAACUGCAGUUUUUAGCUCUUCUGCAUUGGCUGCAUUGCUCAAGACCAGGCUGCAAGUUGGCACUGAUGAAAAUACAAGGAAAACUGAUCAUAUUGGAUUGUAUCCCAUGUUACCCUGAUGCUAUUUGAUCAGUCAAACUAUGUUCUUACUGUAUAUGAGUUAUGACUUUGUUUCAUAGUCCUGAUUUCCAUGAUCUACACCUACUGCUGCAGUGGACAUGCAGACAGCAAUGGGCCACAGGAACCAUUUAAAGUUCCUAGAAUUAAAAGUUCCUGGUAGUUUUGGUGGAAAUGCGCCCAAUGAUGACAACAAUUACGCUUGAAAAAAAGUCUUUAUCGUGUUCAGUGAGUUUAAAGAUGACUGAUGUCCCAUCUGUUAUCAUGGAGGGAGCUGACUUUAUGAGCUAUACUGCAGCCAGUCAGUCAGUAAGGGUUUUCGCUCACUUUUGGGGGACUGCCAUCGCUUACAGAGUCGCUAAGAUACAAUUUUAGAUAAAGAAAAAAAGAGAAAAAGCAACAAAGACAAGAACAAAAGUAAUGUUUGAUGUACUGUAUAUUGGAACAAGAUUGCCUUUAGCUAAACAAGCCCUCUGUAACCUCUACAAUAACCAUAAUUCCUGGAAUUUCCAUGACCCCUUUCGACUCACAUCCUCAUUAUACAGAGGUUAUUGCAUUAAAGCCGUCUAAUUAGAAGAAGCUUUGUGUUGUUGACACACACAUUUAGAUGUAAAGCAGGCUUAGCGAGAGGAGGGGAUGAGGAGAGACCCUCUAAAUCCCGUUUUAUUUACCCUUUGUUAAUGCUUAUCAGCGUUUGUUAUCCGCGUCCUUUUCCCAGAGCAUCUCCUUCCCUUUCUUAUCACGAUUCGCUCCCUUUUUCAUUUAUCAUCAGGGAGUUCUUAACAUUUCUUUACAGAGGCUAACUUACUGAGCUUGCAGCUUUACGCUGAGCUCUAAGAAAGAUUGAUACAGAAAACGACUGAGGAACAAAUCAAGCUAAGUGCUGUGAAUUCUGCCUGACUGGAAUUUUAAUCGACGCCUGUUGUCGAACAGCAGUGGGUCCGUCUCUCCCUCCACUUUGCUUUCACGAGUGCCUCAAGUGAGUGUGUGUAUGAAUUAAGCUUUUAGAGCCACCCUGCUAUCUUUUCAUGAGGGUGUGGGGGGCUUUUAGGCCAAAUGGUAGGGUAAGCGAUCAUAGAUGUGUUUCACUGUAAUGUACCCGGGUAGGUACUCGCUGUGAGAAUAUGUUUGUGUGAUCAUAAGAUGGGCGGAUGUCGCUGGAUAGCAUGUGUGCGUGUGUUUGCAUAUCAUUUAGAGUCUUAAAUCCCUCGUUAGCAUAAGUGUAUGUAAGCAUUAGCUUCUGUAAAUUAACUGUAUUAAUGAAAUGACUGCUCAGUCGUUAUCCCCAGAAAAGCAAAGAAAGAAACUCUUACAGGACAAGAGUGAAUGUACACUUGAAAGUCUCAAGAUGUUAACUCUAACUUAAACGUGACAGUUUUAACUUUUUCAUUUCAGCAGGUUUAGUUCUUAUGCUUCAUUUAAGUCUAAUUCAUUUACGCCUGUUCAAACACUGAAGGACACCUUUACAUUUGCAUUUGUACAUUUCUGCAUCCUCUUUUUGUGGGUUUAGAGAAAAACAACAAGAACUACAAAUGACUGAGCUUCAAGGCUUAUAGCUGGAAAGGGGAUUAAGAAAAUAGGAGGCAUUCAAGAGUCAUUUUCAAGGACAUAUGACAAUUACAGGAUAUUCAGCUGCAACAAUGUGGCACUGUAAACAUCACUAUACACUCUGACAGACGUCCAAUAAAAAUGGUUUGUCUUCAAGUUAGAUGCUUACAAACUCUUUUAAAGCAAAAGGAGCAGACACUUUAUUUCAUUUCUACUUUUGAUGGCAUUUCAAUGAAUGUGAAAAAUCCUAUAAGUGAAAAGCUUUGUAUGAGUCGGUCUUUUGUUUGGGUCUGUUCUGCUGAAGAACUACCACCACGCUAUGUCUGUAAAGAUAGGCUAGUAUAGGUUAGUAUGUGUUGGAAUGAUGGUUUAUUUUCUCUGGCUCAAAAAAUGUCCUUCAGAAUCGAAAAAUUGGUGUUGCUUCCUCUCCAGCGGAGUAUUCUUAUUAACUUACUUGAGAGCUGAGUCAUUAUUAAGCGUCACACUUUCAUUCAUUGACUAGUCCAAACAGCAGCCAGUCUCCAUUUGCGUUUUGAGCUGAUUCAUAAACUUGCUGCAGUAUUUAGUCAGGUCUUCAGCCCCGUCACUGUCAAAGUCUGUUGACAUCUUUUAUGUCAACCCGUACCUGCUUCACCUCUUUUGCUGAUUCUGUUUCUCACUCUUUUCUUUGCUUAUGCCACUAACCACGAAUCCAGAGUUUAGUUAAUAUUAAAAGGAUCCUCCAUAUUGUCAAAAUAGAGAUUUUUGCCACAGUGUCAACAGGCAGAGGUGAAACAUGUUCUCUCCAGGGUGACGUCUGCUCUUACAAUAAAAGAUAAAACACCUUCUUCCAAUGUCUCACAAUCCUCAUGUUUGUUUUUCUUUGUCAGGCGCAAGUAUAAGAAGACGUCCCAGAGGUAAGGCUUGCUGUCAGGACUUUGGACCAUUUUCUUCACCUCUACCUGCUCUUUUCCAUCUCUUCCUCUUUCCCCCUCCUUUUCUUCCCACAUGUCUUUUAUUCUUGGAUUUCCUCCACCCCUGAACCUGUUCCUGGACCGACUCCUACCUUUUUAUUUCUAUUUUGAAAUUCCUCCUUGUUUGUUGAAGGCCUGUGUACCUGUACUAUGAAGUUCGAAUUUGAAUAAAGGUUAUUAUUGUGUCAUUAUUAUUGCUUUGGUUUAUCCCCCAUCAUGCCUGAGAGCCACAGGAAAUAACAAAAGCUGUCAAAAAUAUCUUUUCACACUUUUAUCUAUUCACAAACACUCAUCUGUCAUAAACUACAAAGGUGUUCUGGGAAACACAGGUACCUCAUAGACCUUUAAAGCCUGACAAAUAACUGGAGCUGUGCAUGCUUGAUCUCUUAUUAUGAAACUUGCAUUUGUUGAGUCAAAGAGGCUCAGGGGAAAUCAGGCCCCCUAUGCCCGGAAACCUAAAUGUGUUUAUUUACAAGCAUGAAAGCAGAGAUUAAUUAAUGCUGUUUGAUGGGAGGGUAAUGUCGAUUUAAGUAUCAUUUGUUCCAAGUGUUUCUGUAUUGAUCGAAAACAUGAAAUCAAUGUCCUUCAUUAUUCAUUUUAUCCUCUCCUUUGAUGAUUUUUUUCUGGCACAGAGACAAUAUUUUAUCGCUGUAAGACCCCGGAGAGCUAAUAAGGCUUUAAAACGUUUGAACCACAUCGAGGGCUACGACAAGAAAAAGUUUUGGAUAUCAAUAUUUUAUCUGCUACCUCUAAUAGUCGGGCCAUGCUAAGUUGUUGAUCUUGCUGCUCGCGGGCAAUUUCACAACCUGGCUUGAACGGCCCUGACAAGGUGGGGAGACACAGCAGUAUGAUUUAAUUUGUACAGAUUGGGAGUUAUUGAUUAAAAGAACAAUCGCAUUUUGAACAAAGGUCAGUUGAGUCAGAGAUAAACAAAGUAAAGACAUGAACUGAGGAAGGUAAAAGCUGCAAAUGAUGAAUGGGUGCCUACAGGGGAAGUGAGAGCCAGACUGUUCCUAACAGAGAGGGUUUUCUCUUCUCCUUUGCAGCAUAGAUUCUAUUAAACAUAGAUGUAGUCUAUAGUUUAUGAAACCCAACCACCUUUAGAUCACUUUGAAUCGAUCUAGACACAGACAGAGAGGUGGAUCUCUGGCAAGCCUUACGCCCCCUGGCAAAUACUUACAGUGCAGGACCAUUAACCAAAACUCUAAUCAUGCAAAUGUAUGAAUAACUCCUUAUAGAUUCAAAACUAUGAAAGAGGAAUAGAGCAAGAAGAGAAAAAAAUAGUUACAGGAGGGACAUUUUUUUAAUUUCCAUUUUGAGAUUAAAAUCGAAAUUUUUAGAUUAAAGUCGAAAUUUUCAAAAAAAUUAAAUUAAGUCAUGAAAGUCAUUCUCCAGUUUUUUCUUCUUCUGUAGAGUCGUAAUCUUCAGCUCAGUCUUUUCAGAAUCCGAAUACUUACGACCACACUGUGUUUGUGUGCUAAUAGAGCAACGAUUUUCUUGGUACUAAAUCCAAUUCUAUAGUACAGCUUUACAAACAGAGGACAUGUUGUCGAGUGACGAGUGACAAUGCUGUUGAUUCAUUAUCAUUAAUAUCAAUAUUAAGACUUUAUUCAUGAAAUUCUGUCUUUUAUUUGAGUCGACUUUAAUCUUGUAAUUUGGAUUUAAUUUACGAGAUUUCGACUUUAUUGAUGUCGACUUGUUUCUCAAAAUUUCAACUUUAAUCUCGAAAUUUCAAUUUUUUUAAUCUCGAAAUUUCGACAUUAUUCAUGACAUUUUGACAUUUUGCAAUCUUGAAAUUUCGACUUUAAUCUCCUCCUGUAAUUAUUAUUUUUCUCUUUAUGUGGCCUUAAUCCUCUUCUGUUCAAAACAGAUCAGGAUUGGAGACAGUUUUUUUGAACCAGGCUAUUUCACCCGUAAAAAUUAGAAUUUCAAUAACAGAGGACAAGCAAACAAAGGGAACCAAAAUAUAACAGAGGACAAACAAACAAAGGGAACCAAAAUACAAAAGUUGUUAAGAUUGCUGUUUAGGACUAUGGGCGAGGGCUGGGUGAUUUGGCCUCAAAUCAAUAUCACGAUAUGUUAAGCAGUUCACCUUGAUAACGAUAAAUGGACGAUAAUUACUCUUCGUCUUCGUCUACGUCCUCCAUCUCCUCACCUUUCUUUCCCCCUUUGUUACAGACUGGAUGGGGUGGAGUCACGUCUCUGACAUAGGCCAACAUCUUGAAGAGACAUCUAGCCUACCUACACACAUCCAAAACCAACUCUUCUUUAUUUAUUUAUUUGACACUCAAUAUACUGAUAUGGGCAAAAUGGCGUUGGUUAUUGUCGUAAAUUUUGGUGUCGGUAAAUUUUCGGUUUUACCACCCAGCCCUACUAUGGGCCAAGCCUAAACCUAGUUUUGUAAGUGAACACAUCUUGUUAGUGCGUGUUCAGCCUGGUACUCAUUGUGAUCAGAUCAAGGAAAUACUUGAACCAGAUCAAGAUGAUAUUGAUGAGUAAAACAAAACAAACGAUUCCUUUGCUGUCUGUAUUACAGUAACAGAGAAAUGAGCGAAACUCUGCCUCUGGUCCAAUCAGAUAACUUGGUUGUAAAUAACUGUUGUAUGAAAUAGAAAAUCCCCAGCCUGCUAUUUAGGAGUGAAACACCAAAUGAUUUUGCCCAACAUACUGUGUCUAUAUUUGGAUUUACCUCAUUUAUCUCCACUGUUUUUUCUUUUCUCGUGUACACACAGAAACCAGACAUCAUUUCUCUCUUUGCGCCAGUUAACUCAGCAAUCUAGAGAAUGCAUGGGGACAGAUCAAGUUAACUCAGGGAAAAGAAAAUUGCUUCACAAACAAAAAGCUAAAAUAGGUUGCCUUAGCUCCACUCUGACGUGGAUUCAUGGCAUUUUCCAGCGAACUGUGGGAUUGCCGGGAUUGAACGAAACUGGCGUCAUCCCGUUUAUUGGCCCAGCAUGUGGUCGUUUGGAGUGGUAUAGAGCGAGCUGCUGGAGAUUCUCUCUCUCUCUCUCUCUCUGUCACUGUCUCCAAGUCCCUCUCUCUUGCUCUCUCUGCUGGGUGGGUGAGUUCCUGUGUGGAGGAGCUGGGUGAUUGACAGCUCCAUAUGUGUCUGUGUAAUUACAGCUGGGCUAAUUGGCAGAGAGGAACGCUGGGACAUUGUCAUUACUGACACACCAGUACAACCCUCACACUCGCAGAUGGAGGGAGAGAUAGCCCCCUUUAAAGAGGGAGGGGUGAGAACAUACAGAGUUAUGUUUGUACGCGUGAAUGUAAAGAAUUAAGAGAGACUGUAAAGGAAAAGACACUGGUCGUUUAAGGUCUGUGUGUCUUUCAUGGCUUUAGUCUGGGAAACUCUUUUCCUGUUGCUGUGUUGAAUUUUUGACCACACUGUUACUAUUGUGCUCCACUCUCCGUCUUAUCUAUUGACAAUUUGCUAAACCCCACCCCUCAAAUUACUGGUGCCAGAACUGCUAGGUAAUCCAUCAUUGUGCAGCACAUUCGCAGUCUACAAAGAUAGAUAUGACAGAUUUAUCACAAGAAUGUAAAAUGAGUCUUUUUCUAACAGCGGUCUCUUGAUUUUUGCUGCAAAGCUCAACUAUUGACUUUGACUUACUUCAUGAGUUAAAAAAACAUUUAGGCCAAAGAUCCUCGGCACAGUUUUUUUAAAACUUUUCCUUUGAACAAGCACCAGGAGAAAACAGACUAAAGGUCCUUACACACCGGGAGCGUUUUGGUUGUGCGAUUAUUUCGGACGUCAACAUUUUUCUUGAACCUGUAUCCUGUCAAUACAAGUGUUCACAUCAGCGACGUUUCCCCGUCCUGCAAUAUUGCGGCAUUUAUUUUUUCGGAUCACGGUCGUUUUUUUUAAAGUUUCGCAUACUGUGUGUCCAUUUCUGACCAAUCAGAUUGCGUGUUGUUGCGACGUCUGAUGCGACGUGUAUCCAACAUGGCCGACCGGCUGAUUGUUUACGUGUCGGAGAACAGAGUGCUUUAUGAUAAAAGACGGAUGAUGGAAAAGACGAUGGAUUGCGUGCUUUAACAGUUCGCCAAACGUCUUUGUUUUAACUUUCACCUGUGCUAACGUAAGCUAACGGUUGUUACCAUAGUUUCAUGUGCUUACUGACUGUUGGCUUGAGUGUGUGAUGAAGUUUCCAGCUUUUCUAGCCAAUCAGAGAUUUACGAUAUUUCGUAAUUUCGCGUUCUAAAUUUGCGUCAGCCCCGGUGUGUAAGGACCUUAAAGAGUUAAAUUUAUGAUAAUUAACUUUCAUGGCAGAAGAUGUGCAGGGGGGGGCAAUAAAACCUACAAGGGCUUGUUAAGUAGACCGCCUUAUAACAAACAUUCAACAGGGAGACAACAUGAAUGAAAACAGGAAGUUUAACAUGCAAAUGAAGACAAAGAUUAAUGUGAGCAGCAAUGAUAUGAGGAACAUGCAGGAAGGCAGGGUUGGGGUUGAAUGAGUUCAAAUGAGCACUGCCUCUAAUAUGACUUUGGUGCAGUAAUCCAGCAGUGACGAAAACUGAGACACAGUGGUCCUAAAGAAGGCUGGACUGAGUUGGUUCUUACUCCAGUAUAUUUUUGAUCUCGUUGCAAAUUUGAACAAGAGAAAAAGAAGCUGGAUUAAAUGUGUUGAAUUACCUUUAUAUCUUGGAAAUGUUAUACUGCGGUCUCCUAAAGGGAGUUUCAAAAAGGUGCUGGACCAACAAAGCGGUGUCUCUUCCAGAUUCAAGUCACAGUCUGGCCAUUAUUCUCACUUAUCUUAAACAAGAUCUCCUAAAUCUGCUGAGUAUUAAGUUUAGAAACAACACAAUGUUCGGUAACUAUCUCAGGUGAUCAGCUACUCGCCCAUGUUAGAGCAGUUUAAUCCUUUACUUGGAUUUUGCAUUCCCUGUGAGUCUGGAAAGGCUGGAAAAGACUCUCUGCUCGAAUACAAGUAUCACAUAUUCGACAACACUUUCGCAGAGGGCUUUGUCAUGCGGAGAAAUCUGCGGUUUGGCAGGCCUGCUAUGCUGAAAUUGCUGUGAUUGGUCAACCGCUGUUCAAGAGAUGAGUUUGCUGAACGUUCAAUUCAAAAUUAGUCUUUGACAAGACUCUAUUUAAUCUUGUGCUGCCAAAUGUGACAGAGCAAUUUUAGUCUAUCCAUUUGAGGAGGAAGAGGAGGGAAAAACUACUCUUUUCUCUGAAAGGCAUUGAUCACCUAACCACCAGCGAUUACAGCGAUUAUUCACCGACAAAGCAAUAACAAAUCAUUGGUGCAUCUCUCUGACAGGCGUCUGGACGCUGCUCUGAAAGAAACGGGCUUUUACUUUGGCCUCUAACUAUGCUACUGUGGUCACUCCCUGUUUCCCCUCUUUCAAAAACAGUAAGUGUUUUGCCAUCUGAUCCUGUCAUGCCUCCAGCCUUAAAUGGUCUCUUGUAGUCGGCCUUGCAUCCAACUCUGUGUGUAUAUGAGCAUGUGUGUCUGUAUCUUUAUGAGAGAGUUUGAGUGUAUCCUCUCUCUCUCUCUCUCCCAGGACUUCUGUGUUUGUUCAGACUGUUGCCUACAGGGCUUCAGAACAUGUUUUCAGGAAAGCAGUGACUCAGACUGCUGAGACAUCUGCAGCCUACGUCUCCUCCAGUUUGUUCCAGUCCUCACACACUCAAAUGUGUGUUAAUUUGUAUUUGUGCGAGACAGAAGAAUUAAGAUUCAGGGGCAGCGUCUCUGUUUGUUUGUGGAUAAGUCCACACUCCGUUUCUGCUGUGUCUGUGUCUGCCUGUUUCUUUUUUCUUGCAGAGCUGUUUUUGGGGCAAGUCCAAGUCUUCAGACAAGUCAGCCCUGAAUUUAAAGCAAGUCUCAAGUCCCGAGAGCAAAGUGUUGUUCAAGUUGUGUUGUGCAGAAUUUCAGUUGUGUUUUUAGUUUUAAAGUUGAGACUUGUGCUGAAUACAACCGAAUAUAACAAGGACAAGGCAAGCGCUAAAAUAACCUUCAUAGAUGUAGCCAUCUUGUUUUUGCCUCAGAUUUUGCUUUUUUCUGACUUGAUAACUGAAACGCUGGGAACUCGGGUGUCAGCUCCGACAUCACUAGUUCCAGUUACCUCGGAAGCCGGAUGUUGGAGAUGGGGAUGACGUUACACCCAAGUUGACAGCGUUCCAGUAAACAAAUUGGAAAACCAAGAUGGAUGCCAUUGUUAGCUAUUAUUAGCUGUUGUUAGCAGUUGUCAGCCGUUGUUAGCUGUUGUCAGCCAUUGAUAGUUGUUGUUAGCUAUACUAGUUGUAAACAACUCGUAACACAGUAUUUUACUCUUACAAACACCAUAGCAAUGUGUCCACAGUUAGACGCUGUGCAUAAACCACUUAUUUAAUUUCACAAAAACAAAACAGAAGUGCUAAUAAAUAAAACAUUACGAGAGCUUUCACUGUUACUCUUCACUGUUGGUGCACUGUGCCGCCAUCUUGGAUUAUGACGUUGUCGUCAACUUGGGGUUGGUGAGGAUCGUCAGACUUUCCGAGUCGGAAGUCCGACUUCAGGGGGGCGUUCCAGAUGAAUUUCCAACUCGGAGCCCCAAAAUCCUGACUUCCGACUUCCAUUAGUUUCUGUCAUGAGCUUGAAUGAAACUGAUUUUUAAGUUUAAUCAGAAAAUUCUGCUCCUCUACUCUUCAUCCCUUGUUAGAAUAAUUACUGAUAUUUUAUCACAAUUUCUUUACUUUUUGGAGGACACGAACUCCCAGAAAUACAGACUUUAUAUGCAAAUGAUAAAAGUUAAAUGUAACAGCAUUGGAAGUGGGAAGAAAAAGAUACUGUAGAAUUGACUCUCUGGUUCGAAAACUUGGACAUACUCUGUCAUUUAGAGUGAGUCCUAGUUUGUUGUGACUUGUUAUGGAUUGCAUGUGUUAAUGAAUUUCUUACACCUUAAAUAAGACACCAUAAUCUAACUGUAGUCUCAUUAACACUUGUUUGAACAUGUGUAGGAAAUCUAAAGCUUUACACGCUGUCGGCCUUGCCCAGUUACAGUUGCUAAGCUGUGACUGGACCAUCUCUAAGCAGGGGGUGAGUUUAGUGAAUGGUGGAUUUGAAACGUGUCUUUGAGAAAUCUCUACCCAAUCAGCCGAGAUAUUGAUCGCCUAAGCAGCACCGUUUAUUGUGAUUGUCCACCAACAAAGCAACAAGCAGACGCUUUGUGAUUUUCUUUGACGGGAGACUGAAUACUGCGGAGUGAAACACGCUGUCACCGUGGUCACUCCUUAAGACCACUCAGUCAAAAGCCGUAAGUGUUUUAGCAUCGGAUCCAGGCAAACCUCCAGCCUUAAAUGGCUUUGUGUAGUCUGAUGCGUUGCCAACUCUGUCUCCUGUCUAUCUCCCAGGACUGCCGCUGAGUUUGUAUAGAUUGCAGCCUCGGAUGCUUCAGUACUUGGUUUCAGGGGAAGUAAUGACUCCGGCUGCUCAGGCAUGUACUGCCGUGACUUCUCAGCUCCUUUCCAAUCUUCACACACUCAGCAUGUGUUUGUAAAUAUGUCCUUGGACACACAUAACCGCUGUAUCUCUGUUUACAUAUGAGCUGGACUGUAUAUACAAUUGGUAUAUGCUGGUCCAUGACACCUUUUCUGGAAAUAACACCUGCAUGAGAAUAACAGAAGAGAGAUCAUUUAUAAAAACACAAGACAAAAAAAAAAGAGGAGAAGGGCAGAUACUAUCAGGAAGAGCAUCAGCAUGGGAAAUGAAACUCUUUGGUUAAUGUCAGUAAUCAGGGAGCAGAUAUUCCAGGCAUUGGCUGCCUUUCAAGAACAACCCAUUAGAUGCCAUUACCAAACCCUCUCGGUCUCUCUUCUCCGUGGUUUGGGACCAUUUGUCAGUCAUCACAGCUAUGGGCUAUUUAUUGGAGAUGAUUCAUUUGGGACAACAACGCAUGUCCUUGUUGGUUUUGGAUUAGCCAGCCAAACAAAUAGCUGUCUCUUGAGCAGUACAUGACCAGAAAUUACCGAGGCAAUAAAGAUGAUGGUGUGCACGGAUAAUGAGAAAGAAAAUAACAAAGAUGCACGCUCCAGAUAUCAGAAAUUUAGACUGAUUGUUACAAAAAAAUGGAAGGUCUUUUGGUUUUAUAAGCGCUGUCAUGAAUGUGAUUAUAUUUAUAACGAAAAAAAGGAAGUUUGGUGAAAAAUAAAAGGAUGACAAGAGACGAAAAACUGGAGAUAUUUCUUCAACUUUUUAAAUUUGGUUUUUGCUCACUGAAGAGAUUAAUUUGAACACCCUCAAGCCCAUUUUUCACUGAGAUCCCUUAACAUUUGAAUAUUUUAAAAUAUUAUUUUAGCACACGAACUUUUGCACGAAUGACUGCAUCAAUGCGACGCGGCGUGGAGACCAUCAGUCUUUUGCACAGCUGGGGUGUCAUGGAAGCCCGGUUGACUUUGGUAGCGGCUCCAGUUGUGGGGUUCUGGUUAGGCAAGUUGGCCGGCCGAUCAAGCUUGGUAAUACCAGGUCAGCAAACCUUAGAGUGACUGAGUGACUUUUAUUAGUAUCGCAUGAUUGAAAUACUGCGACACAGCCUGAUGCAGCAGAGCUUUAAUGUUUUAAGGUUUGUGUGUUAAAAAAAUAAAAAGCUCAUACAGUCCGCUCCUUUAGCCGCUAUAACAGCAAUUUCUCUGGAAAAUAAGAGGAUUUUGAAUUUAAUUUUCUCGCUCUGCCUCAAAGAACAAGCCCACACAUGAUUUUGCCUCUCUUGCUGUUUUUUUUUCCCUCCUCCUCCCUUCUUCCUCCCUUCACCCCAUCUCCUCCUCUCUCCCUCUACCUGAUGAUUAGAGGGGUAAUUGCCCAGCUCAAACGAGUCCUCAAGCUUUGGCUAAUUACAUUCUUCUCAACCAAUCUUUUAUUUAGUCUCUUUCUCUUUUCCUUCCCCACCGCUCCACAUCAGGUGCUCUUUUCUUGUUGGAAGUAACCGCCUCGGUUAGCAUGAAUCACUGCGCGUCACGGUUUUCUAAACCUCGCAGGUGCUCCAACAACACCCUCCAGGAUAUACCCCUAUGAUGAGUGCACAUGUAGGAAUUUAACAUGUGCCCUUAUGGAUAAGCAGCUGCCAGUAGUUACUCUGAGGUGAGAUGGAUAUCCUUUCAAGCUACACAAUACAUCUCAAUAGCUCUGCACAAUGAAGCAAUUCACUUCCAGAUUGAUUUUUUUUCCCUUCACUUAUCUUAAAGUGACAUGGUAAGAGGCGUAGUAUGUACAAGUGCUGCAUUUUCAUUCUGCACCAAAAGGGUCUCCACGCUGAUUAUUUCCUCGCUCCUGACCUAGGGGGACGGAUAUUCAGAAGACUGAUUACAAAGCCUAAAUGAUAGGCUUUUCCCUUACGUUAAGAGUCCGGCUGAGAUGAGAGCGUGAACGUUACAGCACCAGCUCACAAGGCUUUUCCCCUUUUUUGCCGCCUGCUUAUGAUAAUAUUGCAGAUUUAUGGAGCAGAAUGUCCCUGUAAUCUGGUUGGUGAGCCGUAUCCACCCUUUCUCCAACACCUUAAUGCCUCUCCAUCCCACCUCAACCCGAAUCCCCGUUUGUUGUGAGUCUCAAGGGUGGAGGCAGCCAGAAAGAGAAACCGAGUAGUCAUGUGUUUUUACAUCUUUGUGUCUGUUCGCGGGUUUCAAAUCACUCUCAGAUUGAGGCAUCUUCUAGCGCUCUAUAUGCUGAUGUGUUUACUCAUGUGUAAUGCCUAGAGGCCAUCUGAGUGUUUGUUUGUGUGUGUGUGUUUUCUUCUCAUUCAGCUAUCUAUCACCUACGCUCAUUCAUCUCGGGGCUAACCCAGUCAUUUUGGUCCUGGCGGGAGCGGCAGACCCCCGCUAAAGCGUAUUCAGAUACCCUCUGUGGCCCCGCGCUGCCUCUGUCAUAUUCAAUGUGAAAGACCAGCUCUUGCAAAAUGGACUCUUUAAUGCAAAAUCAGGAGCUGGGUAUGAGGGAAUAAGGCAUGAGAUAGGUCUAGGCAGUGUUUUUGUAUCCUGACCUUUCUGUGCUGUGGCAGCAGGCUGAAGGAGAGUAAACACACACAGCCAAGGAACUCAGAGUUAUCCGGCUUGACCAGAGUAUCAGAUAAAUUAGAUUUUAAUGAUGCCGUAGUCACGACUAGCAAGGACUGCGUUGCAUGAUUGGAUGUGUUGUAAUACACUCCAACAGUCCCAACGUUCUCAAACUUGUCGGAUAUGUUAAUCAGGAACAACAUUUCCUCAGUUUGUUAAUAGAAAAUGUAAUCAGGGUGGCAUUUAGCUUCCUUCAAAAUGUAUUUGCUUACACAAAUUAGUCAUAUGUAAAUGUAAUUUCUUGGAGACAGUAGUACUUAAACAGAUGUAGUUAUGCAGGGAAACUCUGGUCGUGCAUUCUGCUGUGUUUGGGCAUUAUUUAUGAGCUGGAUGUGAUUCACUACAAGGCAUAAUUGGACCAGUGGGUCCUGGGUUCAUUAUGGGUUCAAGUAAACACUGUUACAUUUCAGUGAUACAUUGUUUUUGGUAUAUUUGGUGUAUAAAUAGAUAUUUUAUGAAAUAGCUAACAUACAGUAAUUUAUUCCUUCAUUGUUAUAGAUCUGUGUGUUAUUUCAUUGCACCGUUUGACAGUGGGAGAUGUGACAAGGUUGAUAUGAGUGGGUUUGGAGGCUUGGUGAGCUGGACUCCAACACAGACUGAGUUCUUGGAUUCUAACUGGAGCCCAUGGAGACAAGAGCAACCGGCUCAUAACUCACUUGGUAUACCUGACGUGCCAAUUACCUGGCUACCACUGCAGACAUAAACAAGUGGAAACAAAAUAUUGAAUUAAUUAUUAAAUAGUUGAUUUCAAAAUAGUUGAUUCAUUCUAGUUUGGCGGAUGGUAGCAUUUCCAUGGGAACAGUUAUUCUUUUCUGCCUACUUGAGGUCAAAUUUUACAUUUUCAUUAACAUUCAAGUCAAAACAUCGGUUUUUCUCUGUGCAUAAAACAACAUGGUCAAGGUCUUUUGCCUCCUAACUUUCAAGGUCUGUCAACACCUUCUUUUCAUUUAUCCUUAAACACAUUUCUUUCAUAUGCGCUCUGUCUGUUUUCUUUCAUUUGUUAGAUGUCUCUUUUGUCUUUUAUUUCCUUAACUGAUUCUAAAGUGCUUAUCUCCUUUCUCAAUAUUGAAGAUAUUCUCUAUAUGUUGAGAUCCCACUAUUCUUGUUGCAUGAAAAGGUCAACUUCAUUGACUUUGAUUUAGUGAAUUUUAUAGUUUACUCUUCAAGCUGUAAAGAGUUUUCACGAAGUUAGAGUAAAGGUUGUUUGACACCUUACCUUUAGCUUUCCUUACAUUUUGGAUCUUAACUUCUCUGCUGUGAUACAUAUAACAUCAUAGCCUCAACCUUUUAACCCAUCCAUGCAACAAACAGAUGCUAUUCUCUCACCAAGUUUCCAUAUAAUGUUGUAUCACACCAAACCCGUUCACUGCUUCUUACGGAGGCACUUGAUUGUGAGCCAAAGCAGCCAUGAUGGGAUGUAAACAUUCAAUUACACGCCCACUUUCAGGCUCUUAUUUUAUAGUCUUAGAGUGCCUCUCAGAGGGGGUUUUUCUUCUCUUCUAAAACCGACAACAAUCAACUUUUUAUGCUCGCGAUAUAUCAAGUGAUAGCUCGCCAAAAAGUGUCAUCCAAAGUUACGAGCCGGCAUAAAACACAUCUCGAGCAGACUCCUUGUGUGUGUGUGUGGUUGUUGGCGUUGGAAUCGCUUCAAUCAAAAAAGUAAAUUAAGAGCAGCGAGUGAACUUUAACAAGCGUCCAGCCACCGUUGGGAGGUAGCCAAGUAGAUAAUGGCUUGAUUAGUGAUGUGGUGCUAAGCAGCUUGUUGCUGCUUAGCUGUUAUGUAAACAGUGGACAGUGAAGGAUUUGGCAUUGUGAAGCGCAACAUGUUGUUUGUCCCCUUUAUCAAAUGUGGAAAAAAUUAAUAAACACUUCAGUUGUUUGCGGCUGUUUGAGUGUGUGUGUGUGUGAAUAAACGUGUGAAACAGAGAAAGAGGGCGAGACAGAGAGCUCCGCGCAUGAUUGUAAAUAUUCAUACUACCUGCUUUUGUGUACCUGCAGUAAUGCAUAAAUUGUUGUUGUAUAGGAAGGCAUGCUGGGAAUCAAAUCAGUGACGCACACAGGUCUCUGUUUUCCAUCACCGUUUUUCCAACACUACUCUUGACAUGCUACGCUAAACAUCCUCUCCAGAAAAUAAACAGUCGGUGCGGCGCCUCACUGUUAUACAGGCUGAUUCACGGUGACAUAAUGCGACGUGUCACACAUAUUGUAUUCUUUCCUAAUCAAAUUUAAGUCCGUUUGAUAAACAUACAUACAAAGACAGUGGGUUUUCAGCUCUUCUGCAAAGUUCCAGAGUUUUUCAUCUGUUGAAUUAUUAAACGAAGAGAGCCAGAGAAUAACAGGCUGCAGUAUUGCAACAUGAUAUUGAAAUGAUAAGAUUUUGCCAUGCUGGAGGCAGACUAUUUUAUGAAGAAAAAUAAUGAAACCCAAUAUAUAAAUUAUGCAUUUUGAUAUAAAAUGAACCCAAAAGUGAAAAGGAUACUUUUGCAACUUUUGGCCGUCCCUGCCAUCUCAGGGUUGAGCAUACUAUAGAUAUAUGUAUUUUUAAAGGCUUAUAAAGUCCAGUUUGAUUCAGUUUAUGAGAAAUAAAAUCUUAGCUGACUCAACAACUUUGAAGGUAUAACUUAGCUCUUAAAAGGAUUUUGAAGCAGACACAUAAUCAUCAUCCCAAUAGUAUCAUAUCCUCUGAGAGUCAUAUUAGAAUAAAACUAUUAUGAUACAGAUGCAGACCUAUACUUUAUUUUACAGGAUUCUACCAAGACCAGAAGUUGGCAGGGCGUUUUUAAGAAGUACCAUAAAAAAGUUGGAUGUAAUGUAAAAACUAUAUAUAUUGUAAGUAUUAAUGUAAGUUGUUCUGGCUCCACAGGAGGUUCUUUUGGUCAUACUGAGCCUAGUGGUCCUCUAAAAGCAGUGUGCUGUGACAAUUACAACUUUGGUGCAGAAUGACUCAUUAUGUGUUUUCUUCAUUGCCACUCCCUGCAGUGAAAGGGCACACUCACCAUGGGGGCAAUACACAGAGUAAUGUACUAUUAUUUUUCUGAGAUCUUCUAAAUGUGCCACUACUUCUGUCUCCCAUGAAAGCAGAAAAUGCAGGAUUAACACAGGGAAGAUACAGAAGGAGAGAGGUCUGACUUUUUGGUUGAAUAAAUUAAAACAUAAAUAUGAAAGAUGUUUUUGAAUCAGAUCAGUUCACAGAUCAGAUAUUGAGUGUGUAUGAGCUGAUAGUGCACUCUUCAUCCGGUGUUCUUUCUGUCCACGGUUAAGCUAAAUAGACUCAUACAAGGAGGGCUAAAUCUUAGUAUUAGUAUUCAAACUUUAGUUUUUGAUGAGGACUUUUUGUGAUUUUAGAGGUUAAAAAGCUCGAAGUGAAGGGCGUAGUUCGAGGGUUUAAGUGGAACUGUUUUCUUUCCCUCUGGCACAUGAAUAUGCACUCUGUAUCUGCUCAACAGACUGUCUUCAUUUUUGUUGAAUACCAAUUGGAAGUAAACGUGCGAUGAAAAUUAGCUUUUGGUAAAAGGAUUCAGGCAAACUAGAAACGCUCUUGGCUUUUUAUUUUGCUACCUGCCCGUUUUGAUUUUGUGAAAAACUCAGGGUUAAGGUCAAGCUUUGUUGCAACAAAUAUUACACAGUGUGGCUUUAACUUAAAAAAGGGAUUAACAUUCAAGGACCACAUGGAUUUGUUUAAUACACUGUAGCAUGUCUGAAAUUUUUAAGUGCAAGGGUUGAAUUUGUGGCGCUCUAUAAUCCUUCCAUGCACUUUUGGUUGAUUUCUACUCCUCAACUGUCUACAAGUCAGCAAGUUAUUUUCUGGGGGACACUUUGUCUUUGUUUAGCAGGUUAGUUUAAGAAAAACCAGAAAUAUGGGGAGGAGAGGUUGGGCAUCAAAGGGUUGUGGCCUGGAGUUGAACCAGCAACCGCUGUGAUGAAGACUGUAGCCUCUCUCUGUAGAGCGUGUGCGUAAAAACAACACCCCAGAGUAUUUUUGACCUAGAGUAAAUGUCAGGAGUUACUUUUGAGCUCCUCUGCCUUUGUGGACCUGCCAUCACUUUUAUUGAUGUUUAUUUACCUCAGUUCAGAUGUUUCCUACACCCUCCAGAGUGACUUUGUACGGCUCCACUGGACGGUACUGACAUUAUAGCUCUCUUUACCAGCACAUUUAUAACCCGAGAGCCAAAGUUUCCCAAUGCCAAAGGAAGUACUCACUGUGCGCAUUUAUCGUGCUGCAGCUGUUCAGUGUUUACCUGAAGAAAACAGCGUGAUGGAUGAUAACUAUAUGACAGUGAAAGGAAUAAACACUCUAAUGAAUAAACUACUCACUGUCUGCACAAAUAACUUUACAUAAACUUUUAUAGAGGUGCUGUAUUAUAUGCACUUAAAAGUCCUGCCUCUGUGUUGUCUUUAAUGACAUUAAAUGCUGUUUCAAAGUGGUAAAUACACAUUUUUCUGCACCCAGUAAGUCAUUUUAAAACUGAACUGCUUUAUCGGAGGCUUUUUUCCGAUACAACCGUCUCAUUAAGUGAAGAAAAAUGUGUUGUUGGAGGGGAAAAUGUGCAAUCGAUGAAUGAUUAAAUGUGUGUUACAUAGGCAAAAUGAAAAGCGGUGAAAUGAUAAAUGGGUUGGGAAAAUAAUUGAAUGCCUUUAAAAACAAAUUAAAUUAUUAAACUCCUUUUUCAAAUAUUCAUAUCCUCGUUUGUCCACCUAGUUUUCCCUCGUGCAAAGAGAGAUAUACGCUUCGUGCCACAGUUAUAUUUACCCUUUUCUCUAUGUGUCUAGUGGUAAAUAUUGUGAAACAGUACCCAUGGACAUUUUAAUAACAAACUCAAAACGCAAGAGGCAUCAUUUUGUGUUUUUUUUUUUUUGUAUUUGGUAUCAUUCAUUGUGCACCAGGAACAGCUUUGGCUGUUGAAGUACAAUAAGGUCCAUAUUCGGAGCACUCGAAGCAGACUGGUUCAUUCAGAAGAAAGGCUGUAGUUACAAGGUCUUUUCCCUCAGUCUGUAGUGUCAUGUGGACCAAUGCCAAAUAAAGUGCACUCUGCUGUCCUUGUUUGUCCAGGGGUUGAAGGACAGACCGGCGAUGACCUCACUCACCACAGUGCAACACUUUUCAGCUCAUAUUGAUCCAUUGGCGGGGUUGUGUGUCCCUGUGAGAAGGACGAAGACAGCGUAGUUGUCCCCUCUCUCUCUCUCUCUCUCUCACCGUCUCUUUCUCUUUGUGUUUCUGAAUUAAUCAGGAUUAUCUCGACAUGUGGCUUCAAUAAACGUAUCUGUUCCCUUCAUAAAAACAACAAUGUAGUUCAGCUCGGAGGGCACGGCACACUAUUUUGAAUUCAGUCUUUGUUGCUGUGUUGUCACAUCUGCUCUCUUUGUCAAAGUAACACCGAGGCAGCCGUAAUUGGCUAUCACUAUGUCUGGAUUACUAAUGUAAUCACUCAGGGCAUUAUGCUCUAUCUAUUAUUACAUUGCUGUCCUGGCUUUGAGUCAAACACAUAAUCUAAUUGAAAGCGCCUUUCUCUCUACCUCCUCUAAUGCAUUGAGUUAGCUCACUGACCUGUGUGUAUGGGAGUGUAUGUGUGUGUUCUACCAUCCUCUAUUCACCUAUGGCAUAUUCUGCCUCAGGGAAGUGUCUGCCUUUACAGCGUGUAUACCUUAGGGUUACAUCCGUCUGUGCUGUAUCUGAGUAACCUUCACCUCUGCACUUCUCAGGGCUGCAUUGUGCCCAACUUCAGAUAACACUAAUACUUUAGUCAGCCGUGAAGGGACAGCCAAAGUCAAUUGUGAUGCUCCAUUAUGGCAAAAAUCCCCCAGUUAGACCCUCUCUGGAGUCCUGCUCAUAGUCAGCUUUCACACUCUGUCUUAUGUUUUGUCAUUUUUCUCAGUAGUGGUGAUUGCUGCUAUUUUGUCCAUUUGGUCAAAGCUAGAAUACACGUGUUACGUUAAAAUAAAAAUGUGAUUAACAAGAAAAAAGUCCUAGUAUUCUCGCUUCUGGUGUUCUGGUGUGGUGGUCAGAUGAGAUAAUCAAAAGACAAAUGUCUUAAAAAGUUGAAUCCAUUUUAUUGCCAGGAUCUAACAAAUAAGCAGAUGUUUCCGUCUUUAUCAACUAUUGUCAGUGCAAUAGUGAGAGGUCUGUCUGAGUGUGUCUUUGAGUUCUUCUCAGUCAGGCUGGAGAGCUUGAUUGGACACACCUGGAGCCUCUUAUACAGACCAGGGCUGUGUCCGAAAUGGAUCCCUAACCCCUAUAAAGACGACUAUAUGGAGGUUAGCCCCGUCUUGAGGGAUGUCCGAAACCUGAGUGAUCAAUUCCAGUGCCCCAUGUAGGCGACUCAAAAUUUCCUAUAGAGCAUUGCAAAAUGUAGUGACCAUCCAAUGGUCACUCUCCAGUGGUGGGCAUCCCGACAUGCAUUGCGUCUCCAGCGACAGACUGAGCAGUGAAGUCACAACGGUGCGCCAUGUAGUGUCCGAAACCUCUGGUGAUUGAGCUCGCUACAUAGUCAGCUAUAUAGUGAAACCCUAUAUGGCAGUUAAGGGUUAGGGAUUGAGUGAUUCAUUUCGGACACAGCCUUUGAGUUCUUCUCAGUCUGGCUGGAGAGCUUGAUUGGACACACCUGGUGCCCUUAAUUGGACACACCUGGAGCCUCUUACACAGACCAGGUAAUUGAGCCGGGGUGUGGCCCAGGAUGCAUUGUCACACAUGACAUCAUAUAGAGAUACAGAUAGAGAGUGGUUGCUGUUUGAAACUCUCUAUCUGACUUAGCAUUCUGUGGAGUUGGUAUGAUAUUCCUCAAACGUUGCGGUGGAAAUAUUGAUCAAACACUUUUACAAUAUAAAUGUAUUUAAUAUCUUAAAACAAUUCAUCCAUAUGGCCUAAAUGAAGAAUUAGAAAUGUCUUGCUUUUUGUGAGUGCAUCUGUUUGCACUAGCUAACCCUAUUUCCAGUCCAUAUGUAUCCAUUGAUGUAAAUAAUUACCUGUAGGUCCAUGGCUAAUUUAUGUAAAUAGAAUAGAAUAUUCUUUAUUUUAGACGCAGGGUCCAUAGUGAGUCAUAUGGAUUCAUUUUGUAUUGCUAUGGCGUAAUGUGUGACAAUGCAUCCUGGGCCACACCCCAGCUCAAUUACCUGCUCUGUAUAAGAGGCUCCAGGUGUGUCCAAUUAAGGGCUCCAGGUGUGUCCAAUUAAGGGCUCCAGGUGUGUCCAAUCAAGGGCUCCAGGUGUAUUCUCUUCAGCCUUUUUGAAUGAUACAAAAAAACAACCCUACUUUUACUUUUUACUAAUAUAUUUACAUUAAGGAGUUUCAAAGAGAGCCUCAAGUCAAGCUUGUAUUAAAUGUUUUUUUUUUUUUAUCUCAACUGUAUCAAGCAUACUCGGAGAAACUUUCCUUUUGUUCACUGAGCGUUCACAAAAGUGGUUACAAUUUUACAGUGCUCUCCUUCAUUUAAACUCCAGACAGAUCUACACCCUGUGGUGCUGAAAAAUGAAACUGAUGGGGGGAAAAAAAGCUGCAGUUCCUCAAGUGUUCACUUCAGGCUGGCCAAAAAAGAAAAAAAAAAAAACAGUGAGAACCCAAAUUCAAAUGCCAUUUCUACGGCAGAAUUGAUCAUGCACAGUCUGACACAAAGCUGGCUUAGGUCUCACUAGCUGGGUUUUUUAUCCACGGCAACUGUACAGGGGAUUAAUCUCUUCAUUGCCCCUCAGUUUUGUUACAGGCAUGCUUAAUUAUACAGAAUUAGGGGCGCUUGACUGACAGGUGUGUGUGUUGUAGCUGUUUUCUCCACUUCUCGGCCAGUUUUCUUGCUUAGAUUUAGACCCAAACCUCAACCUAGAAAACUUUAUAUGUCCUUCAAGAGGCCGUUUAUGGUGCAGCACAGACACACAAAUUACAUCAGUCAAACAAAGACAGAUAUAAUAAUUGUACACCAACACCUUUGAUAUGAAGACACAAGAUAACCAUACAUCCCUCCUAGUCUACGUGUUUCUCCUGAUGUCUUGUAUCUCAUUUAGUUGAAUUAUUCACAGGAGUAAAUGAGUUUUCUGCUUGAUUUCUUCCGAUUUGGGGUGUCGUUAUCAGGGGGAUGUAUCAUUGCAAACUUAAGCCACCUUCCCUACGUCUUCACAAGUAUUUGGUCUUUUGAGUGAUUUUUUUAAAGUCCGUGCCAGCAUACAAAACCCUUGCUAAAUGUGCUGCAGGGCACCGCAGUGCAGUGCACAGUGCUCGCUCUCUUUGCUUUUUCUCUGUGUAACUCAACCACUCCUGCUUUUUCUCUUCCACUCACGGCAGCUGUGGUUUGAAAAUAUGUCUUUAGCUUUGGUACUUUUCGGUGUUGUCCAGUUGUGUUGUUUAAAAGCACAUGGUAGUGGUAGUUGAACUUUCUGAUUGGCUGAUGCCGUCAGCUUAGAGGAUACAAAAAGAGCCUUGCGAGUUUGAAUCCUAAAAUUAUACCCCUUCUUCCCAUGAGCCUGUUGUCAACCCAGGAGAUUUAAGACUGGCACUCUAAUCUCUCUUGGCAAUCUAAGUUAAACAUUUGUACAGACAAAGGUCCCAGACCAAUUUCUAACUUUCACUGCCUGGAGAGGUGAACUGAGGCAAAUCCCCAAACAAAUCUGUAGUCCAUUUUAGGCUUGAAAAUAAGGGUCAUCAGCCCUGUGAGCAAACCUUUUACAUCCACUUUAUUCUCUUGAUACUUCCCCUCUCUGUGCCCUUUGAUAGAAUCCAAGAUAGACCACACGAGUCAAUAUAAUUAGAGUGUGCAGUUUAUUGAAAACACAAGGUAAAAGGCCAAAAAUGUCAAAAGUAAUCUUCCAUCUGCAGUCUCUAACGCUCUGCGCAUUCAAGCACUAGCAACAUCAGGGUUUGUACGCUUUUUUUUUUUAUCCUGUUGUUUUUUUCUUUUGAUGCAGGCAAAGUGUGGGCAGUUGACUGUGAAUUAUACAUUAAAAAACAAACAACUUUUAGUUUUCUCCUGCAGUGAGAGAGUUAGAUUUGCUCGAAGUUUUCAACCAGACAGGUAAACUCAGGCUGCAGCUGAGAUUCAUAGCUACCCCUCCCCCUCACACGCCACUCUGAACAGCACGAGAAAAGUCCGAAAUGCAGAGAUGUCAUUAAAUGUAUCAGCAGAUUAUACGCUUUACUGGUUUAUUUCUCCUCCUGGUGUUAAUUGUCUUUAAAAGCAGUAAUAGCGCUCACUGAAUUUUGCUUAGUCACUUGCUUAUGUUUGCAGACAUCCUAUAAGUUUCCAGGAUGGAUUCAAAUCUGGUUGAGAAACACACUCCAGCCAGAUGUUUCGAGGGUGUAAAUGCAUCUGUCACUCUGAGAAGCACACACACAAACUUCACUCCACCCACAUUAUUACUGUGACUAAACUGCUGGAGUGCAUACUGUAUUUUCUUCUCUUUUAUCUCAAGCAGGAAAAACACAUUUAACAACGUUUUGCAUGCGGCUCUGAAAAAAUAAUACUGUUUGCAAUCAGAAAGCCAAGAGGAGCGCUUGUGCUCAAUUUCAGUACUUUAUGCUGUGGUAUCUGCCCUUGUAGCGGAGUUUGAGUUUGAGAUGCGAUGGUGAUAAAGAGUUGAACCAGGAAAGAUGAUGAAGGUGGAGAUAGUGUGAGAUAAAAGUGAAGGCUGCAGUCAGGCUGGUGUGAGGGAUGAAGCAAGGAGAGGAAAAAAAGUGAGGGAACAUCGAUGAAGAAGAUGAACUAUCUCUGUGUCUUAUCCUGAUGUUUCCAAUUUCCUGAAAACACAUUUAUCCCUCCUGAGUUUGAAGGCUGGGAAAGAAGAUACAAAACCCUUUAUUAAUGACCGCGAGUUUCUCCAACAACAGCGAAAGAGCUUGUAACAAGCAGAAAAAUAUGAAACACCAAGGGAGACUUUCAAAAACCUUUACAGAGCCAGCAUCUCGCUCCUCCAGGACUUCAAGGGGCUCAGUGGUGAACUCUUAAGUGCUUCCCAGGGCAGUUACUCAAGGACAUCUACUGUAUAGAGAGACAAUUAUAAAGGCGAGAAGUGUCCUCCAAAACAACCCGUAACCUACACCAAAGCUUAAAGAUCACCAAACUUAAUCAAUUUUCUUGCAAUGAUGGACAUCAACAAAGUCCUUCUGGAAAAAAGAUAAACCGUUUCACACAUAAGCUGAGAAAAUGGGAGCUACAGAAAGUGGUUUACUCGGUGAAAAUCCAUGGAGCAUUGGAGAGCAGCACAAAACUUGAGUAAAAGAAAAGAUUGAAAAGUAGAGAUGCACCAAUCCAUUUUUUUCCAAUACUACUGUUGAAUGAAUGAUCUGUAUACCUAGCCCCAUGAGUGAACGCAUCAGGCUUGACAUUAGCCUUAUUAAAAAAAAGGGUAACAAAUUAACACAGAUAUAAAUUUACUCAAUAUUAUUUAUUAACAAAUAACAAAUUGCACAUUAGCACACAGGGAAAAAAGUAAGACUAAAUUAAUUGAAAGAAAAAAAAAAAAACUGGAUCUGCGUCAUGCAUCUGAUAUCCGAUCCAGUUAAUUUUUGUCAAUAUCGGAGCUGAUAUCCGAUCCAAAUAUCCGAUCAUUAGAUACUGUAUGAAUCAGAUCAGUCCCUAGUUUUACAGAGUUGUUGGGCAUCGACUUUUUUUCUGUUUUUAAGCAACCAUGAGUUUUAUCAACCAGUCAUCUUUCACAAAACUUGGUGCUGACAUGACUGAGGUCAGUCGGUUAGGUCUGCACAGACGUUCUGGCUGCUUUAUCGCUCUACCUGUAGAGAGGAAUCCAACAUUCAACAGAACCUUAGCAAACACGUACAUUUUAGGUUUUUCUUAUCUAUGUUUCCCAUUCUCACCUGUGACCCUCCACUUUUGAUUAGCCCCAUCGCUUGGCACAAAAACAGCCCUUUGGCAAUCUCCUGUCUGAUUAUUAAUCUAAUCUGCAAUCAGUUAAGGAAACAGCUUCACAUCCAGCAACCAGCACAAAUACAUAUCAAUGAAUGUCCUCUCUUAUCACGGUGACCUACCUUCCUCCGUCUGCCUCUGGGAUUUGUUCGUAUUAUACCGUGUUUAUUUGCUUUCAAGUCAGAGACUGUGAUUGUGUUUUUAAAUUGCUCUGCAAGCUGUUUUCAGUCUUCACAGCACACACACACACACACACACACACACAAAAAAAAAGGUUUUCACACUUCUAAAUAGUCAUCGAUUUGCUGCUAUUGGUCAGAGUUUUGAGUUUGCUGCGCCCACAUGGUUCUGUCGGGUUGUUAAAAUCAUUUGCCCAACAUUAGCAUUUGGCAACGUCCGCUCCUUGCUGCUGGCAGUCAGAGCGGUGCUAGCUAAUCAGUGCCAGGGAGAUUACUUAAUAUAACAGCUGAGUGUGAAACCUGAGUGUUCCUGUGUUGAUCACUAUCUUUAGACCAUUAAGAAGUUUUAAGUGCGGCACACUAACCAGAUCCAAUUGAAGAACUUGAGCAUGUACUUUUUAACGGGGGAGCUGCUUUUUACCUCAUUGAGUUUUGCAUAAAUGAUCUUCUUUUACUUGACAUUCACAUUAUAACACACAGUGGGAUACUUCACCGCCUUUAUGCAGUUUACCAAUAAGCAGAUAUAUUUGCCGCUCCUGCUAGUUCGGGGAAGAACCUCCACUUGUGAUGCCAAGUGCAGAGACUUUAAGCGGUGAAAUUCCUUUUUUUGUUUUUUUCCAAAAUUGCUUUUUUAAUCUUUGGUACUGCCUGCAGCGUCACGGCUCGGCUCGGUGUGUACGUGUAUAGUGUCUUUUGUGUGUCUUUGUGGCUGACGGAGAUAGAAAGCCUUCUUUAAUCUACUGCCUGUAUGACUCAUCUGACAUGGGAAUUCAAUGACCUUUGAAAAUCUUGUUUCCUCUUAUUAGAUUGUUGUAAGUGAAUUACUGGCAUUUAAUGACCUUGUUAUGAACUGACACAUGGUGGACAACACUGAUCGAAUGGACAAAACAUGACGGGACAUGACUGACAGAGGACGCAGAGCACCGAUUUUACAGCAGCACGUUAAGAAGCGUUAUUUUCAACCAUUGAAGGAACUGUGGAGUUUUAUUUUUGACGAUGUGUGCCCUUAAAUCAAUAAUCUUGUUAUAUGUAUUGUGUUUUUCUGGUUGUUAGUUGUUAUAAAUAGUGUUUCAAUGAGACCACACCACAAUAUCUCUCAAUGGAAACACUCCCUGUGUAGUUUGACACAGUCUACACGUGAGCUUCACUUUGUGUUAUAUCCAUACAGAGAUAGGCUCAGGAAUCCCAGCAUCAGCUGUCACCAUCUUGGUUGUUAUAAAUACUUAAACAGCUCUCCUCUGUAAAUUCAGUCAUCCUAACCUGCCCUGCAUCUGAUAAUGCUUUUGAUGGACCCGACUGUAAUCCACUCAGGUUGUAAUCUUUGGGAAUAGGAGGGGCACCGGUGACGUCUCCCAGAAAAUACAAACCAUGUGCUUGUUGACAUGUCUGGUUCUUGUGCUAGCAGCAAUGUCAACUUUAAUCUACAUCAUUUAUUAUUUUUUUUAGCAGAAAGUUAGUAAAGAUACCUAACUCCUCUUGAAGAUUCCUCAGCCAGAUGUACUAUGUGGUCUGGGAUUAACCUGAUGUAUCCAGCUAAUUGGGUGUGCCUUAAAAACCUCCACAGUAAGGUGCAUAAACCCCUCCAGGUGCCUACUUUGGAUGCAAAUGAGAAGCAGACCUUUCUUCAGGCUCUCCCUGGAAUUUAAAUCAAGAUCAGUCCUUUUCCCUGAAUGAUUAUAUGAGCGUCUGUCUGCUGUUUUGAACCUUCAAAGCAGCAUUAGCUGUGACAUAGCAGGUUGUGCACGGUUGUUAUUAUUUACAAGGCCAGUUGUCAUCAAUAACCCUCUCCAUAAAUGACAAAUGCACCGUGUAGGAGCUUGCAUAACACCAUAUCUUUAAACGAGGUUCAAUUAUACUCAGUUCUGCACUCUAUUUAACCUUGAAAUACGUCAUAUGACGGGAAAAACAGAUGUGAUAUAUACACCUUUUUAUUUUAGUGGUGUUAAUAAACUUAGAUUUUAUUACUGAGACCAUAUGGUGCAGGAAGGAAAAAGGAAUAUUUAUCAAGCCAGAUUUAAGACUCUGGUUUGUUUGGGAGCAGUGAAUAAUUUAUUCGGUUACAGUCGUGCCCACAUCUGCUCUUUGCCUCUAGACCGUCCCCGGCCAUCAUUUAAUCUCUCUGAUUACGUAACUCAUGCAUCACUGUGAGUUAGAGAUUAUAAUCCAGCACUGACACAUGCCAUGAGAGAUGGUGGCGAGUACUGUAGGUGCGCUUACUGGAGAGAAAUCAAAGGAGAGGAUUUGUUUUGUGAGAUUAGAGACGCGGCAGUGUUUACUUUGUUUCAUGCUUCAUGGUGUUUAAUUUUGGUUCUUGGAAUUGGUAGCUCUUAAAAACCGUCGGUAUAAUCGCUUUGCAGGAAUUUGAGUCACAUAUUGUGCAUCACUAAAGUGCAUACUGUCUGGACAUAUGGCAUGAGAACAAAAUGUAUCGCUGUAGAUAAAGAGGGCAAUAAACUAUGAGGAGAUAUAUGAGUGUGAGUGUGUGUGUGUGUCCUUUUCCUGAGUGGGUUGUUGGAGUGACAGAAGGUGUUUCUCCGUGAGGUCAAUUACUGCACUUGGGUUGUUCAGUGUCAGGCCGUUGAACUCUGAUUACACACAGAAGUUUCUGUAAUUUCUAAUAUUUUUCUGUCUGUCGCAUUUUUGAUUUACACACCAGCGUUGCCGUGCGAUGAUGUGUUGAAUGUUUGAUUGAGCUGCUCCACUCUGCUGGCUUUGCUAAUCAAGAAGAACAGAGAGGAACACGACCCCAUUAUCUCAGCUGUUUAUGCAAAUAGGAAUGACAUGUUGCUUCUCUGUGGUGAUCCCGGAUGAUUUUCUUCCUCCUCUGCUGGCAAAAAAAAAAAAAGUUAAGAUUUGAUGAAAAUUGGAGUUCAAGUGUUGGGGUUAGAGUUGAUAAUGGGGGAGCCGGAGUACUGUUCCUACUCAGGUCACAGAUUCAUUUUAAGGUGUUUAAAAGCUCUGCAUGCAAAUUUUAAACUUUCCUCUGACUAAAACUUGUCAGAAGUUUUUUUUAAAGGAGACAGCAUUUGUUGUGUGUUCAUAUGGACCAAUUUUGAGUCAACCAAAAUUCUGAUUGGUCAACUCUAAUUUUUCCGCCUCAAUUUACAGUCUAUGGUUAAUUUAAUCAGGAGGAACGUACCAAGUGCUAAUGGGUAGUGAUGGGCAUGGCAGUUCUUUUAGAUGUACUGAACCACUAGAACCAGUUCACUAAAAAGAUUCGUUCAAAAGAUUUGUUCAUUGAAUCACCAAAUCAUUCAAUGCUUGGUGGGAGAAGCGACUUCCUGAACUGAUACACAUCCGAACGGUUCAGGAUUCAGUUCACUUCAGAGCUUCUGGGACCGGGAGACAAGAGUGUUUAUCUGUGUUGCCAUGAUGAACAGGUUUGUAAAAAUGAACUUGUUUAUAAGUCAUGAUGUUUUAAGUGUACUGUCCAAUGGUAUGCUAUUUAUCAGGUCUACUUGGUAAAUUUGGCUCAAUGAGUGAUUCGUUCACUGACAGGUAGAGGAAUUCACACUGAACAUGGACCGUACCCUCGCAAACCGCUGCAAUGACAGGAUGCUGCGGGUUUAAUGCGCUACUUGUUACAUAUGUGUCCAAUUGUAUGCAAGUUGUUGUGGAGGCAAUUGAGCAGUUAAAAAAAAAAAAAAAAAAAGGUUGUUUUGUCCUACAAAAAUGAUUCCAGGGAGUGUAGUUCAACGCUUGAUUCGUUUACCGAGUGAUUCAGGCGUCACUGCAUGCAGUCCCUUGCUCGCCGGCUGCUCACCUGGCAAUGCUGAGUGCUAUUGCAUCUGCCCUGCUGACAGCUCAACUGAAGUAAGUAGGUAAGUAAACGAACAAAUCACUUGAGGUAGUGAUUCAGUUCAGUACGUUCACUUAAAAGAUUCGGUUCUUUUGAACGAAUCGUUCGCGAAUGACACAACACUACUAAUGGAGGUGUUUUUCAGAGUACCCCCGUUUCACAGGUAACAGCCUGUCUCAAAACACCCCCCUUGUUUUCACCAUUUUGGAUUCGCCCAAGCCACUGGAGACCGGCUGGACACACGGAGAUUGAAGAGCGUCCAUGAUAAUCAACAUCAAGUGGUUUGCUGAAUAUUUAUUUUUAUUUUAACCCCGCUGGGGCGCAUUGUCCCCGCUGCAGAAGGGUUUGCCGUCAAAGUUUGAAAAAUCCUACCCCCUACCCCCCACGAUUACUUGAUUUUUGGUCGAAAAUUAAAGGGUUGUAGUUGACCAAGAAAUUCUUUGGUUGAUUACAGCCCUCAUAUGGACAUGGGGACUGGUAUUGUUCAUCAGUAUCUGCUACUAACACUAUGAUACUUUCAUUUAACCAGUUUUGUCCAUGAAGAAUGUAAAUAUCACAGAGUUUUUAUGCUGCUGUGGCCCAACAUUCUUCUUACUGCUCUCUGAGUUUUAUAGUAUACAUGUCCAAGUGUCUUAUGGCAAGACACUUGACCUCAAACUACCCUUGAAGCCACGGUCAUCAGUGUGUGAAUGUGUUUAUUUAUAUCCUGAUGGGCAUAUUGGCACUUUUAUCAGCCUCUGCCACCGGCGUGUGAAUGUGUGUGAAAGGGUGAAUCUGACCUAGGGUGCAAAGUGCUUUGAGUGUUUUGCUAAGUGCAGUCCAUUCACCAUUUCAUUUACUCUCUAAGAUUCUAUUUUUAAAGAUGUAAUGUAUAUUUUCUGAGAGGUGAAACACAUGAAUAAGAACGGUGUUUUCAGGAAAGACAUAAUACUAAUUGGCCAAAUAGUAAACAAUCGCUUCUUGUUGGCCAAAUUGUACCUUUUGUCUUUUUGUUGAUUAUUUUUACAACUAACAAGAAAUUAUUCGUCUUAUUUCUGGUCGGCCUCUCUGCUCUUGUUUCAUAGCCAGUUGAAAAUUCCACACAGGAGCUUUAAAAAAGGAGUCUAUGCUUUUCAAUUAUUAAUUUUAAGUUCCUCAAAGUAUUUUAAAAUCAAAGUUCAUUCGUUGAUGAUUGUAAGGGGCACAAUCAAAUGGCUGCCAACCUGUUCUGUUAAGAUGUGCCCCGUAAGGUAAUCAGAGUUUUUAAAAUCCUGAAUCCUAAUAAUUGAGAUGAUGAAUAAAGAACCUACUUGUUAAAUAUCAUGUCAGAUAUACUCACAUCUCUGGCGGCCCACGCUCUCCGGGGAUUGUCCUAGUGAUCUGUAAAAGGUUUGUUACGGAGGAUUUCAAGGCCACUUUCUCAUUUCCAUAAUGUGCUAUCCUGCUCUUCUCUCCACUGUCGUUUCGGGCCCGCAGCGAAAGGCGGACAAAUGUUCAGUCAUUAGUAAGUCCAUUAAAUCCUUAAUUGUGCAGUCCUGCAGAGUCGUCCACAUUCCAGUGAGCUCGCAUUUUUACCUCGCAUUCAUUGGCUUCUCUUUGACCUCCGCUCCCUCGCUAACUAUUUUUCUUUUUCUGCUGAUUAAUGUUGUGAGUCACUGAGAGACAGUAUUAAUUGGCUGUGUCUCAUUUUUCUGGUUCUAUGCAUUUGUUGAGUUUUCCGUGAUAAGGUUUGUGCAGAUACAGCUCUGGAGAAAAAAGAGAGGAGGUUCAUACUUGAUACUGUGAGGUUAAGGCCAGAGAUGAUACUGAAACCACACGUUACCGGGUAGGUUGACCCUGUCUGUUAAGGAUUAGUAAUGAUGUAUCCCAAGUUUAAAAUCUCAAAACUUCAUAGCACUUAAAAAACAAUCCAAUCUUACAAAAAUACACAGAGAAAUACCUCACUACUGGUGUCUACAGUCCCUGCUGUACAUCCAUUUACCCUCUGUUUUCCUUGGAGGUUGUGACCUGACUCAAAGGCAAACAUGAGUCAUCAUGCGCUGUGAAAGGUCCUGUUUCUAAGCUAUCAGGUUACCUUUUUAAUAACUGUCUGAGCAGAUGUUUUCCUUCAAUAAUAGCAUCAAUGUGUCGCUCUCUGCUCACUCAGCUCCUAGAGUUUCUUCUGGCUGCCGGUCACGCUCUUAUCUGCACCAGUGGCUGCUUCCUACCGCGGCUUCUUAGCUCUGUUCUUGUGCAAAACACUGACUAAUACCCACACAUUUCACAAACAUACAGAGACAUGUGCUCAUACUUGUAUUUAUAUGCAGUUUAAUGUUUCGUGAUGCAUUUCUGACUGUUUUCAGGCUGUGUUGCUGCUUGUGUGCAGACUGCCUGCGCUCUCUUAAGCUUCUGGCUUUGUUUUAUUUCCCUGUUGAACAAAUUACUUCUGAGAACUCACAAAUAGCUUACUGGGAUUAAAAGAAAUAUAGUUGGGAUUUAGAGAGGCUUUUGAUUUAUGCAGAUGCAACACAAAUACAUACACUUGCUCAUUAACACACAACAGUAUAGAAACUCAUGAAAAGACAAACACAUUAUUUUAAGAUAUUGACAAAAGUUGAAAGUUGAAUCAUUAGGUUUUGGUUGAAAUGAGAUCCUUUUGACAAAUUCAGGUUCACAGGUAGAAAAAAAGGUGAGUUGUUUGUUUUUCUCUUUGUAAAAGAUAAUUUGACAACAUUUGAGUUAGUUAGAGGAGUCAUUACUUCCUCAUUGUAAUGUUGAGACAGGGUGAUGAGACAAUGAAGAGUAAAAAAUCAACUUUAAAACCAGCUGCAAAUCAAACCACUGCAAAUCAAAACAGACGAUUCUGUCCUCUCUGAAUCUGCAGCUUAUUUCCCCUCAUGGAAAACGGGCCAGUGCAGAUUGGGUAGCCUUUUUCGCCACUGUAUUAAAUAUAUUUGUAUCAAGGUUAAGAGCUGAAGUCAUAGACUAAAAUGUGAAUUAAUGUCUACAUGGUAAAAUGAAUCAGCAGUGGGGUGAUAAGGCAGGUAAGUUUAAUUUUAGUAAAUCAUCAAAGGAAAAUGGUAAAACUGUCUCCUUCUGACUUUCUGGUUAACUUGGAUUUACUAGAAUUUUUGGCGUGCUCACUUUUGGUUUUUCUUAAUUAUGAGGUGAAAAUAAAUUUGAUAAAUUUGAUCUCAGAAUCAACAGUUACCUUUUUUUUUUAAGCGUCUUUUAGUUAGUGUCGAUAUUGGCGCCCCCUGUGGACAAAAUAUGACAUGGCAACUUUUGACAUACUGUUGAAACAGAGUUCUUUCUUCAGUUGCUCUGCUAAUACCUACCCCCCUCACAUAGGUUUCAUGCAACAAAAAUUGAAUUAAGAAAUGCGCAGUUUCUUGCUGAUGGUCUUGUCUGAUUUGAAAUACCAUAAAAAAGAUAAUACGAAUUUCAGCCUAUUUCAUAAAUGUUAAAAAAAACUCCUCGUGGGAGCUUUAAGAUAAUGUCAAUAAAUUCCCGUUGACACAACCCGAGCCAACUGAAUUUUCUUUUAGUGGACCACUUCUGAGGGAGGAAGGUCUCAGUUUUCUCCCUCCACUGUGAAGUUAACAAUACCUAGAUAUCAGAGAGAGCUCUUGGGCUGAGGUGCUUUGUUCACAGUAUGAAUUGGUGGUGCUUGAUGUCACAUGGAGCUUUGAAAUACAUACAGCGUUGAGCGGGACGAUAAAAGCCCAUAUGGCAGAUGAAUGCCAACCUUUUAAAGUGAUGACUUGGCUGCUGGUAAAUCAAACACCCACAGUCAUCUGCUGCCAAAUGGCCCAUCGCUUCUCAUUGAGUCAUUGUGUACAGGCUGGAAUUUGCUGAAUACGGUUUUCUACUGGCUUUAUAUCUUAAUGUUCUCAUCGGUGUGACCAUAGAAAGUAUGAGCACACGUGAAUUUAUUGCCGUCCUGUUUCCAGUGCUUGUUUUAAGAAACAUUUUUAAUGUUUCAUUUCAUUGAUUCGUAUUUCUUUUAAAAAUGAAACCAUAAAAUCAAAUUCUCAUUUAUACACACAGAAUGCUACACUGACAUUUUUAUAUAGGAGCACAAUUCCAUCUCAUAAGCUUCCUUUCCAGAUAACACCCGGCUCAUAAAACAGCCCAAAGCUAUGUUUUUCGCAUUUUCUGCUCCAAAUGUAAAUGGUCUGAAAGCGUUUGAACUUCACUCAUAUUGAAAACUCUGCACAGUCCUCUUAUAUUAACUAACCUACCUGUCAAAGUCAGAAGACCUCUUUCCACGGGGUCAAAGCCGACACCUGAGCAUCACUGAAGAGGAAGAAACUGCAGCAUCUGAAUUGAGGCGAUUGGGUUAACCUUCUUUGCCCUUCACAAUCCACUUUAGAUAAGACCACUACAUUUUCUUACACAAAAAUCCUGCCUGAAGCAGCUUUGAAGCAAAGUUCAAAUGCCGUGUAGCUGCAUUAGAGUCAGUGAAAAGCCUUUAAAGCCUUACAUGGAGCUGAACACCAGAGAAAGUGGAAUAAAAGGCUGGAGUCAGGAGGUAACUUAUAUAAUGCUGGCAUGUUAGUGUUCUGUUUUAUCAUAUCUGCAGAGAAUAUUGGCACAUUAGUUUACAUUCUGUGAGUACUGCUUCAUAAAAAGCCAGUGCAGUACUGGGUUACCUUUAUGCAAUAACCCUAACUGCAACACUAACCCUGACUCUGACUCUUAUCCUAACCCUAACUAAAACGCUAACUCUAACCCUUAUCCUUACCCCAACCCUAACCCUAACUCUUAUCCUUACCCCAACCCUAACAAUAUCCCUUACCCUAACUCUAACCCUAACCUUAACUCUUACUCUUAUCCUUACCCUAACCCUAAACAUAACCCUAACUAUAACCCUUAUCCUUACCCUAACCCUCGUCUAAAUUGUAACCCUAUCCUUACCCUUACCCUAACUCUAACCCUAACUCUAACCCUAACUCUAACUCUAACCCUAACUCUAACCCUAACUCUAACCCUAACUCUAACCCUAACCCCAACGCUAACCCUAACUCUAACCCUAACUCUAACCCUAACCCCAACGCUAACCCUAACUCUAACCCUAACUCUAACCCUAACCCCAAUUGUAACCCUAUCCUUACCCUAACCCUAACUAUAACCCUAACUCUAACAAAACAGUAAAAUAGGAAAACCUACCAAUAACUGAUCAAAUAACAAAGCUGACCCUGUUGUUGUGUUUUUUGAGCUUUUGUAUAUUUGUAUAUUUUGUAUAUCCGUAGAUUCCAGUGACUGUAGUGUUACAGCAUCAAUCUUUUUCUUCUUUUUUAAUGAUCCAAGAAAACUACGUUACCUCCAAACAGGCUCAUGGAGUUACGUUUGGUGACAUACAAAUCAAAUAUUUGCGUAUUUGCACUUUUUUUUGCUGCAUCAGUAGUAUUUUCUUUAUAUUUUAGAGUAUCUAUUCUUUGACGUGUGAAACCCCUGGAUUGACUCGACCUUUUACAGAACAAACAAAGGAACUUUUUUUUCCACAGGAUUGACUGUGUUUUAUUUUGUGCACAAAACAUAUUGAUUUUUUUUUUCUUUCUUGUUCUUCUUCAUGCGGAUUUGAUUGUCAGACUUUGACAUGAGUGGGCUGCAUUCAUCCAAACACUGAUCUUUUUUAAGGUUUUUAUUUAUUUUUCUUUUCUCCACCAUUCUUGUCUCAUCUGUCAUUUGCAGCCUCCCACAGGAAACUCUUUGUUUAGAACAGAUAUCGGGACUUUUUUUUUCUGAAGGGGGCUUUCAGUGUUAUUCAGAUAGCGCAGUUUUCUGGCACAGCAACAGUAUUUUGUAACUCUAACAGGCCUGCUGUUGCUGAAUGGCCACCAGUGUUUGGAGUGGGUGUAUUUCAGUGCACUUUAGGCAUUUUGCUCACGUUCCAUAGCAACACAAACUGAGAGAGGAGGGGGAACGUUUGAGCAGGACACACUCGCUCGUAGAGAUUCAACUAGAGUGACCAAAAUGAGCUUAUCCGUAAAGAAACCAUGAAAACAAAAUCUACUACAUACUGUACCGCUGUUGCAUUUACAACAAAGUUUUCAUCGAGGAUAACAGUCCUGACAGCUAAAUUUCUUGCUACCUUUAAAGAAACGAGAAACCAAGAAGAUAUGAAUGAACACAUCAAUAAUUUUCAAUCACUUUGACUCAAUUGUGGGGCUACAAUACAAACUAUGGCCACAAGACUGAUAAUAAUAGCAAGUUUUCAAUGGUUACAACAGUAUCUGAAUAACAGCAACAAUCAAACCUGAAAGCUCCUCUUCCUACCAAUACUGCAGCACAAAAGCCAGCUGAUGCUCGAGUGGAUGCAAACAAGUAAAAGCUUGUGUGAUUACUUUGAUUUGCUGCUCCAUCUCCUCAAGUGUAGGGCUUUUAGAAUAAGACAGACAUGCAAAUACAUAGAAGUUUCUAUUAAACAUCGAAUUUCCAGGUUCUUUUGAGGUUUUUAGCUCCAAGGUGUAAAACGAAGAGAUAUAAAAAUAGUUUUCUUCCUCAUAUAUGACGGGAAAACUUAAAUUCUCGACAAGUUCAUUUUGGUUUUAUGUUCGCUUUUAGCCUGUUUUUUUAUUUUUUAUUCCAGAGGUUACAUAUACAUUUACCCAAGUGCUUAAAGGGAUAUUCCAGUGUAAAAUCAAUUUAGGGUCAAACACACUGUAACAUCGAGUUCGACGCCACUUCGAGAGAUGAAUGUUGUCGACCACUUGCUUCUCUAGUUAUACCAACUUUAGUAACGACCGCACAAUAGCAAUACACAACAGUCUGAGGAGCCAUAAACAAACCUCAACCAAAACACCACUUUAUAGCCACAAAUAAUGCUCAGAACAGCACCUAACUUCAUCAACAGGACAUUUAGGGUCCUAGCCAUAGCACUAGCCACCAAACAUCUCUUUAACUUUGCCUAAUUUCUUUAGCAAAGAGAUUAAACACAACUCACCCUUGCUCGUUUGUAGCGAGACCUUGGGCCAGUCCAUUCCAGACUACAACGGGGUGACGCAGCUCAAGGAAGAACAUUUAUGAUCAUUACUUUAUCAUUUACUUGAAGUAAUAAUCACCAUAUGAAUCAUUUUGCAUUGCAGACGCGGUCGUUCUUCUGCCUUAGCGUCUCGGUCUGAUUGUAUUUUCAUGAAGAAAUGCAAAUCAAACUCUGUCUAACUCUGUGUUAUGGUGUGUUUCACCCUAAAUUAAUUUUACACCGGAAUAUCCCUUUAAGACGAUAUUAGCAAUCUGAAGCAGUUUCUACCAGUGUCUUAAUUUGGGAAUCAGUUGAAUGCAGUAAAGUUAUCAGUCUGAUCUUUGAAGUUUAUUUUCUAUUAAAUACCACAUGACUUCACUGUGGUCUGAAAUCACGAGUGAAAGGUAGGAGACAUCUUUAAAGUGAUACUAAAAAGUGUUCUGCUGACAUCUGUCUAAUUUGCUGCUCCUGUAUGCUUGGCUCAUACCAGGGAGAGGGAACAGUGGUGUUGUUAUUUUCCAUCAUGGAAGCAGAAGGAAGCAGGAGGACACAGUGGCAGCCUCACUACAGUGUGCCAAAAGGGACAAAAUAGUGCAUGCCCCCCAAAAUCAUUAUUACAAUGAAAUUUGAAAGAAUCAAAUAAAAAAAUAAACAAAAUAAAAAUGCAUGGAAUCAGUCACAACCCUGAUUAAAAUAUAUGAACUAUUUAUUAACCAGUGAGGUAGAAAGAGUCCAUUCCAAAGCUCCCCACAACAACAACAACAGGUCAAACACUGAACUGUUUCCACUCGAUCGGAGGCCAGCCCUGCCUCAGAAUUCAGCUUCCCAUCGUCCAUCAUGCCUAAAUGUAUAUGUCCCUUGACUCAAGUUUUUCAUUGACGGUGCUCCCCUCACAAAUCUUCAGUCACAAAUCACAGAAAAGGUGGGACCGCCGCUCCUCUGAGUCAUCAUGUUUUUGCAGGCCUCGUCCCGCUUAUCAGUCCAAAAACCUGUGUGUGUUCCCUGAAAGCACGCUAAUCUCCUGGAGUGAUUACAUUGACCCCACGCCAUUGAUUACACACCAUCCGGGCUAGAAUGUCAUUGGAACACAGACGGUGACCAAAUUUUGCAACCUGGCAGUGCUGUCAUUUCCCCCUCUGCCUAAACAGCAGCAUCCACCCCCUCCUCUGCUUUCUGCUGUGCGGGAAAUAGACUCUGUCUGUCGCCGUGACAUCUCAAAACAGAAAUGAACAUAUUUAUCGCAAAUUUUCUCUUUUGAAUUUUCUCACAGUGUGAAAGAAGUUUUUUUUUUUGUGCUUGAAUGACAAAGCAAUUUAUCAGGGAAGAAAAACUGUCAGUACAAUAGCCUCUGCUGAUAAUUUCCCUUAUUUCGUGUUCUUUUAUGGCUGUCACAACAGCUGUCGAGAGGUUGAAAAUCGUGGAGCCCUGCUGUACACUGCAGGGCGGCUCUGGUUUGACAUCAGAUCCCUCCAGCCUUUUAUUAUUAUUAUUUUUUUUUUCUUUUCUUUCCGUUCUUCUCUGUGAGCAGGUCAAUCCAGGUCAAAGAGCUGGAGGCAGUGAGAAUAGACGGGGAAAAUCAUCCCGUAUGGAAUUCCAGCUGUAAUCUCCUCUCUGUGCGCGCCGCUCACUCCUUUGAGGGAAAAGCAAAUAAAUCUCUCAUCUUCAGUUAUAGAGGCGGACAGCUGGAGGCAUGUGUCUUUGUCCCGCUCUUUCUCUGGCCCGUUUAACCUGGAGGCCAGAGGAGGUUGUCAAUUUAGUGGUAGGAGAGACAUCACUCAGACAGAAUGAUAGGCUCGUAUGAGUCAAAUAUACCUGUUGGUGAUUUACCACCCCAUAAUAGUGUCAAAAAUCUACUCGCCGUUCGGUGUAAAAGUAAUUACAUGUAUUUAAAAGUCUUCGUAGUCAUGCUCUCACAUCUUUCCUACAAUAAAAUCCCUCUUAUUCCGACCUGUGGAGUGAAAACCCCUGUAAGAAAAUCCACCUAAUCCAAUCCCUCAUCGUGCAGACCAGCUUACAGUUCACCAAAAGGUCUUCAAUGACUUAUUCAACGUCCUCCCAUCCUGACAGCACAAGUGCACAUGCCGGUAUUGUUUUUAUUUAAGAUGUGAUCCAACGCCAUGAUAUCAGAGCUCCCACAGGUCAGGCUUCACCAGCUGACCCCGCAGCUGGCGGCAGCUGUUGGGGAAAUAUUGAGCUGUCAAAGAAGAGGACAUCUGAAAAGCUCAGAGUAAAGACCCUGAGCUGCCUCCUCCGCAAUAAGCUCUCUGUCGAAUUACGUCAGUUUGCAGAUGACAUUGUGUUAUUCACUGUGAAAUAAAACAGGCUGCUGCCUGUGCUCUGGUGCAGCCGCAAUUUAUUUACGCUUGUCUCAAAGGGCUCAACGAUCUGAGGUUUGAUCUGAUUGUAUAUUUCAGGAGAAGUCCCCACCAGCUCCCUACUUAUCAUGCUUCACCCUAAAUCUUUGGCAACUCAUCAAAAAUGUAUUUUUUAUCUCAGUCUUUUACCCAAAACUACAACCGUUAUCAUCUGGAGUUUGUGUUUGUUAAAAUUUCCCAGACAAUAAAGCGACUGCUUUGUUGAAAGAACAUUAAAAGUACCUCCUGUCUUGUUUGUUUUACCCACUGCCCAAUGGGAAGUCGAAAUAACAUCUAUUUAACGUAUUUUUUUGACAAUGUAGUACAAAUGUGGACGUCAUUUCAACAUCUAAAAGAGGUCCAAUAAUGAAGUCUAAAUCUUGGAUCCAUUUUGCACAUUGUGCCAACGUCUAGAUUUGAUCUUCGGAUGACGUCCAAGUUCUAAACAUCAGAGCGACGACUAAAGAAGGUCCAAUUUGGGCGUCGAGAUUUCUAACCUAUUUUGCAUCCAGAUGUGGUCGGACCAACCCAAUACUGACUCAAUCUCUUCGAUGUCCGAUGUUUGGUGGGAAACAUAACCAAAUGCAUUUGCAUUACUCUGUUCACCAUAUUAUCAGGUACUAACUUUGAUCCACCUAAUAUGCAGAUGCCAAAUAUGUAUGCCUCUCUUUUUUUAUAUCUCAGAAAGCUGAAUCUCUUUGGACAUUUUAUCAUUAAACCGAUUAGCAGAUUAUUUUAAGACCAAAGAAUCAUAUUAGAAGAAGAAACAGAUGAUUCAGUAAUUAAAUCACAUUUUUUUCAGUCUUAAAUUUGUUGUUAGGAGGCUGAAUCAUUUUUUCUCCUCUUCUCCAGGCUUAUUACUUUUCUUGCUGUAUUUUGUCUUCACAUAAUAAAAUAAAUCAGAUAAUGGUAUUCUACCCUGAAGAUGGCGCUUUGAUGCACACAACCUGACAGAACUGAAAUCUUGACACUAUUUCAUUAAUUUCUAGUUGUUGUUUCAGCGCACAAAGUUGGCUGGAAUACAUGGUGCUGUUUAUCAAUCAAUCAAUCAAAUUUGAUUUACAUAGCGCCAAUUCACAACAUUCGUCAUCCCAAAAUGCUUUCCAAAGAAAAAGAGCAGGUCUAGACCACGUUCAUUGUUUGAUGAAUUAUCAAGACCCAACCUAAAACGGGAUUUGGCCCAUCUGAUCUAAAAUGAGUGACAGUGGCGAGGAAAAACUUCCUUUUAACAGGCAGAAACACGAUUCCACAUUCAAUUCAGUGACUUCUGACUGGCGGCACCCGGAGUUGGAAGUCGGCCAGUAGGAAGUCCCGGCGCCGGGAGUCAUCAGGCUGGUGGCAGCAUGUUUUUGAUGGUUUCCUCCCUAAUUGGUUCAUAAUUGCACUUUUAAAAUGAAGACUUUUCUGAAUAGACUUUUCAAUUGAAGACAUUUAGUGACCAGUGGAGGUGGGUUACACAGGACUGGGCAAAUUGGCCAUGGGUAGUGGGUCUUUGUCAAACUGGAAGACUCUUUAAACCUUUUCUUUUUUUUGCAUCUGUUAUACUUGUCUGAGCUACAUCAAGAACUUUAGGGUCAUUUUUACUUUCUGUAUAGUUGCCCUCUGCAGGACAACAUACCAGUUAAUGUCAGUAUAGACGGGAUUCCUUUGAACAAUCUUCAGUCAUGCGCGUCAGAUUUUUGUCUAAUCAAACUGAGAAAGUGCCUUUCCUCUUGGAUUACAAUGAACCCUCUCUUCAAAAUGAAGCGCCUUUUGCAGUGAAUUAAGUGUGAGGGCUUGAUAAUGAAGGAAAUUAAGGAAAUCAGAUCACAUCCAAACUGCUUACUGUGCAGUGAUAGCACAUUACACGGCUGUUGCUCCCCUGCUCUACCAGCUUUUUCUCUAAUUCGUCAAAUGGCUCUGUGCCCGGCAGUGACUUUAGCUCUUAACUUGUGCCAUUAACCCAGCAUGGUAACAACAGCAGGUGUGAAGAGUGAUUUUGUUUUGGCUGGUGGAGACAUUGAUGACAUGGCAUUUCUUUCAUAAGCGCAGUCUUUAUCGCUAAGUUGAAUUUUCACUUUAAUCCUGCAACAUAAAAUCGAAUCAAGGAUAAAAGGGUAAUAACAGCUUUCUCCUUAUAGCUUCUUCUUUAAUUGCAAAACCAUGAAAACACAUUUAUCCACACCGUAGAGCAGUAUCUUUUAUCUGCACUUCAAAAAUUGAUCGCGCAUUUAAUUCAGUGUAUUGUUGUCUAAACAAAAGCAUCAAAUUUCAGCACAUCUGAUACUGUCAUUCAGUGUUUGCUCCCCAAAUGAGCACAUUAUGCCACCGUCCUGUCACGCAAACAAAUUUGAGUCUGAUGUGCAGCGCUGUUAAAGGCAGUUGGGCCUUUCCUUGUAUGUGUGUAUUAGCAGGGGGACGCUCUUUUGCACACAGCUGCUCUUAAUAACCAUCAUUAGAGCAAACCAAAUCACAUGUGCUCUCUUUGAUUCUGGAGUUGCAGCUCAUCCUUCAGCCAUCCACUUCCUUUUUGACUCUUAAAAUAGCUGCUGGUUGCUUAAGACAGAAAAAAAAAACAAGAGCACAAAGAAGCUUUUGUCAUGGUAAAUUGUUCGCUGCAGUUAUAACGAGAGUCUGGUGAUCGAAGAUGGACAGUAACAUGCCAAGAUAUUCAAGACAAAAAACUAUAAACAACUGAAAUAACUACACAGGUGAACUAUGGGAGGAGGGAACCUGCAGGGCCACCCUCUGUUACCUCCCUAGUGUCAAAGAUGUGUCUUUCUUUUAACAUGGUAUUGAUUUUAAAGGGAUAAUCCAGAACUUUUGAAGUGGGGUCGUGUGAGUUACAUGUCACUAAUGAGUGUAUAAGCAGCACUGGAUGCCGGUCAGCUCAGCCCAUUUAAUGAGAAACCGCUAGGAGAACCAGCAGGCUCGCUUUGCUAACAGUUCACUGCAGAUGGAGUCAAGCCUGCUACGUCAGUUAGCUAAUUUUAGGGACCCUGACCCAAACAGUCAUCUGGGUUUAAGGGUUCACUCCACUGAGAAUUUUUUCAGCUCUUUACUCAGCUCUUUCCGUUUCUGUCUUUGGUAACCACAUGCAUUUGAUUGAUUGUGAUUUGCGUGUGUUAUAACUAUCUAAUUGUUAUUGUUCUCAGUAGACAAGUUAUAGACUAUGAAGAGUUUUCUUUGUUUUUUUAAUUGUUGCUUUCAGCUAAAAUCGCCUGUUAGUAAAAUGAGACACUCUUGUGGCUGGACCCUGAUGUCUACAUAUCAUAGAAUUCAACAUUAAACACUAUAGAAGAAAAAGAUUUGACAUGGUAUGAACAUUUUUUCACACUGCAGUUAUUCUUGAUACUGCCAAACUGCUGCAGACCCACUCCAGACUGAAAUAUCUUUAAAACUAUUAGAUGAAAACAUGUGUAAACUUUCAUAGUUCAAUACAACCUCUGGAUGGUUUGUGAGUUACUGACCUGUAAAAGUUUGUCCAACCAAGACUCCUCCCACCUGCCAAUCACUGAUUAUUUCCAGUGUUUGAACAUGGCGUCUCACUGCUCUUUAGAUUUUUCAUGGAAGUGUGGGUAAACGAUUACAGCUGGCACUCAAACUCACCCAGAGUUUAAUUUCUUUACACACAUUUAGUGUUGUGUUGUUCGCGAACGAUUUGUUCAAAAGAACCGAAUCAUUUAAACGAACAUACUGAACCGAAUCACUUCCUCAAGUGAUUCGUUCGCAUGCACUGACACCCGAAUCAUUUGGUAAACGCAUCACGUGUUGAACUGCACUAUCUGUAAUCAUUUUUGUCGGACAAAACUAACUCUUUUUUUUUUUUUACUGCUAAAUUGCCACCAGAACAACUUGCAUACAAUAGGACACAGCAUGUAACAAGCAGUGCAUAAAACCCACAGCAUCCUGGCAUCACAGCGGUUUGCGAGGGAAGUUCAGGAAAUCGUAGUCUCAGGCUCCUCCCACCAAGCGCUGAAUGAGUUGGUGAUUUGGUGAACGAAUCUUUUGAACGAAUCUUUUUAGUGAACUGAUUCUAUUGAUUCAGUGCAUCUAAAAGUACUGCUGUGCCCAUCACUGCACACAUUACAUACAGACCCUGACCAUUCAGAAGACUACGUUCAUGAAUACUGAAUAACAGUAUUAUCACUCAACAAUCCUCAAUCCCCAGUAACAUUUCGGAGCCUUUACUUUGUUAAAUACUGCGACCUCUCUCUGAGAAUGUAAUCAAUGAGAGCAUCUGAAACCUCCCACUCUCCACCUGUCUGCUUAAUAAUUCAACAACAAGCGUAGCCGCUGUGGGCAUUCACUGUGAAAGUGAGCGUGUGACCUCCAGCUCAGCAGCAGGUGGUAUUCUGCGAGAGGUUGCAGUGUGCAGAAAUUAACUUGCUCUUCCCUUUAAUGCUAUUUUUAGUGGGGUAUAUGCCAGGGGUUGAGGAUGUGGCAUAACACAGCACACAUUGAUCCCUCUUUUACAAGGGUAUUAGUGUACGAAUUUGACAAGAAGUGUUCGAGCGCUACAGAUUUUUGUUUUUCACCUGACCAAGUUUUCCGUUGAAAAAAACAACCUCUUUUCGUCGCGCACACAUUAAAAAUUCAGCACAGGAGAGAUUUUCCUCAUGAAAUGUUGACGCUGUUGUGCACAAAACAAUAAUAGUUUACGUUUUCUGAAGCACUCAAGGUCAUGAAAAUGAAAGCUGAACCAGUCGAGAGCAUAAAAAGUGACACUGACUUGGUUAUUCAAGAAAUCCAAUAAAAUUGAGUGUUGCGGUUUCAAAGGUCACUUAAUAAAAGCAGCUUGAACUGCAUUAUUGAAACACUUUUAAUUCUAAAACACUAAAAACACUGUGUGAAUGUAUCCCACCAUGAUCUAUACUGAAAAUGUUAGAUUUGAUAUAUUGAGGAUAAAAAAACCAUUUUCGUUUAUUUGUCUGUUGGCUCACUUUGUACCUUUAAGUGAACUGAGGAGUGUCCCUAUACAAGACUGCUAUUAAAUCCUGCUUAUGGUUCCAAAUUGUUGUUGUUUGUUGAUGCUUCUGUCUCGUUUUGUGACCUUCCCCGAGAAGACAGUUUGUUUUUUUAAUAACAGAAAAAAAUAUUGCUUACCCCAGCAGGAACCAAGACCGAGUUAAUCCAAUAUCAGAUGCAAUUAAUUUACCGUGUGGAGAUGGCAGGAGAGUAAUUCAGUUAGUUAAAUGACUGUUGAAUCUCUGUUUUAGAUUAAGAUGUCUGGUCAAACAACUGGAGAGAGGAGAGGCUUCGCUCACCGACCUGAAGAAAAACCUGGAGUACGCAGCGUCGGUGCUGGAAUCCGUUUACAUCGAAGAGACGAGGUAAGGGAACAGGGGCUUCGUGCGGGGGAACGAGUCCUGACAUGGUUCAUUUAAUGUGCAAAGCAGCACAGCACUGACAGAGGCCAGGCUAUAGAAAAUAGAUGACUGUCAUUAGUAUAGCAAUUGACCCCUGCUUGUUUUCUUAGUCUCAUGUUACUAUUUCUUUCCCCUGCUUGGUUACAGAGUCUCACAUCAUUAUGAUGGAUGAUGGCGGACUAAAUGUAUAAUUUCUACAAAGAAGUUCACCCUCCCUAACUCUGCAGAGCUUGGAUACUGUAAUCGAUUGCUGCACUGGCCUUCUUGCCAGUUCAAGUCAAGAUAUAUAUAUUUUAAAAAGCUCAUAUUUAUGAUGUUAUUACAGGAUCUAUUGAAAACACUGCUAUCAGUUAGGUAGAAUGAAGACAAAGUUUAGUGACGUGUAUCUGAAGCACUCAGUUGCAAAGUAUUACUCUAUGCUUUGUUUCAUUAUCUUUUUAAAGCUCCUGUAAGGAACUUUUGGUCUGUGCACAUUUUGGCGCCCCCUGUGGACAAAGCAGUCAUUGCCUAUCUUGUCUUUUAUGCGCUCAGCAGUGAUUCUUCACUAAAGUCUAAUCCUGCUGACUCUUGACAGUCAGAAACAACAUUUAUGUAUCAUUUAUUGUAACAAUGGGGUUGCUUUCUUCAGUAUCGGUGUGUAUUAUCCGUCCAUUCAAUUAUUUCAUUCAAUCUAGUAAACAAAAAACGAAAAAAUGAGUCAAUAUUUUGUUUAUUUGUUUUUCUAUACAACCAAUAAAUGAAAGAUUAGUGUUUGUUUUUGUAUGUUUAGUUCAAAACAGAAUAUAUGAUAGCGAUGACAAAAACAAAAUAAUAAAUCUACUUUUCGUUUUCGGGUUAUUGAUGUCCCCAUUUCCCAUGGUGCCUUUCUACUGUUUGCACAUGAGCAUUGCGCAGCAAAGUAGCCAACAAGGUGGACCAAAAACUCCAGGUCAGAGCGGUCGAGAAAGGCUAACCUGCUGUUAUGGAGAUGGACGCAUCCUACGUGUUAUACAAAGCCGCCAGGAGGGUCACGCUAAAGGAGAAAGAUAUGACUGAGCCGCUCUGUCGCAUCUUUCGCCAUGGUAACUGUCGCUGAGGAUCAUGGGAAGGCCAAUGUAGCCUCUGUGCGCGUAUGCACAAAACAGGCGCACUCAAAAUCAAUAAGUGUAAAUAAGAUUGAUUAUUUCUUUUUAAAUUAUAUAUUCUGUUUUGAGCUAAAAAUGCGAAAACAAACAUUAUUUUUAAAUUUUUUGGUUAUACAGAAAAACAAAUAAAAUAUUUAAUGGUUUUUCCAUUUUUCAUUUACUAGAUUGAAUGGAAUAACUAAAUGGACGGAUAAUACAUGGACCCUUAUCACUGAUGGUCUUGUUUGGUUUUGGAUACUAAAAAAAGGCAUCAGAAGGAAUUUUAGUCUAUUUUAUAAAUAUCCAAAAUCCCUUCACAGGAGCUUUUAUCAUCUAUAUUGUGACAGCCCUACUGUUGUAAAUCAAAAGCAAAUCAAGAUAUUGAAUUGUACCGUAACAGACCACAAACCAGAGGUCCUGCUUAUGAGACAGGAAGUUUUACUAUUUGUUUUAUUUGCUGAAUUGAUUUUAGGAUCCAAAUUGCAAUCAGCUGGUUGAAUAGUUUUACUCAGAUGUUUCUGAUAUUGUAUAAGAGUUUUAUCACAGUUUUUACUGAUGUAAGUCUAGUGAAUAGUCCUUUUGCCUCUGACUGUGACAUAAUUUAUAGUCAGUAACCCACAUACCUAAAUUAAAUAGAUUGUAAAACAUAUUCAUUGGAUUUAUUGCUUAAAAGUAAGGUUUGUGGAUCAUCAUUAUUCAUCUGUUUUAUGGCCUGUAAUAACGUUCGCAGAGUUUGGUUGAGGUAAAAGACUAUAUUAGGUCAAUGCCUGUCAGUAGUCAAAUGCAGGUUCAGAAUCGGAGGUAUGAGCAGGCUUAUGGAAUUAUAUAAACCUCUCGUCAUCCAGAUCCCAGCAGAUUAGGGCCGGCUAUGGGAUGACCACUCCAGGGUGGAGGAGGAUGAACUCUCCAGUGCAGAAUCCAUGUAGCAGCGUGAUUAUCGGUGUGAUGUGAAUGCUUUCUCUCUGCCAUAAGGACUUGUAUUCAGUUCAGAGGGUGGGGACCAACAGGCUUUGCUCUUGAUCCCCUGAACAUGUCAACACAACAGGGUAGCUGUGGAGAAUUAUAUCACACAAUUGGAUUCAGACACUCCUGUCUGAGCGCUCCAAGAGGCCUGGGAUGUUUCAAUCUUACAUAAGAGGUGAUAUUAUUUGAUGGACAGUGCCUGGAUUUGAGUUUGAUCCCCUGUAAAAGUAGCGCCAGGAUAAAUAUCUUUGUAAGCCUCUGGUCUUUGCAUACGUCUGUGUUGCCUUCUGUUGUUUCUCUCCCAUAUGUCUGGCUUUUAACUUUCACCCCUCUCUUCCUCCAGGCGUUUAGUGGACACAGAAGAUGAGCUCAGUGACAUCCAGUCAGAGUCGGUACCGUCGGAGGUGCGGGACUGGCUGGCCUCCACCUUCACCCGACAGAUGGGCCUGAUGCUGCGGCGCAAUGAAGAGAAACCUCGCUUCCGCAGCAUCGUCCACGCCGUCCAGGCCGGCAUAUUUGUCGAAAGGUAAACAUAUGAGCGUGAAACACAUGAGCACACAACCACAACCAAAUCCAGGCGGGCUGCCAAUGAUGUUAAAUUAUUCAAAAGGACUGUCACCUUUAUCUUCCCUCCACUGACGUCCCAUCUUUCACCGGUCAACCCAAACAAGUGUAGCCCGGAGCAACUAAAAGCAAGGCUUUCAACAUCUUCUGUUUGGCCUAAGACCGCGAAAAGACAGCCACGCUUUUCCUCCACAUUUCAGCGCCUUUUCUGCUCAUACUCUUUUGAUAAUUGACAUUUAGAAAAAGAUAUUUGCAAACCUUUCUCUGUAACAUUUUGUGAAAGUUACAAUGGAGAAUUGGGGCCACAUCAAGGAUAACAAAUAGGGCACAACGUCACCAGAAUAGAGUUUUAAUAUUUCUAGGAUAAAUCUGUGAUUGUGUGAAAGUUGUUGUUCAAUUCAAUGUAAAUUAUUUUGGGAGGUGAUUUUGCUUUGAUUUGAUAGGACAGCUGUAAAGAGACAGGAAAUGUAUGAAGCAGAGAGUGAGAGAUGACCCGCAGCAACGGCUUCACCAUACUGGAAAAAACUAACAUUGCAAUUUUUUUCAACCCUGCGAUAUAUAUUGCGAUAUUAAAAAAUACAGGAAUUUUCACCAGAUGACCUGAAUAGCACUUUAUGUUGUGCCGCACUGCUGAAAUCUUGUGGAUAGUUAACCUGCACUGAUCUUACAUCUUUUGUGAAUGUUAGUAGAAUGGCUUCUGUCCGUCUUGGAGAUGUUUUUAGUUUGCUUUUAUUGUGGCAAGACACAGAACACGUGUUUUGGUCGACAUCAUCCUUCUUGUAACUAAAAUAAUUCCAGAUAACUGACUUUCCUUUUCUUUUUGUCAACAAGUCUUCAUCUUCUGUGGUUUUCUCUUGUUUGUUUCUUGUUUUGCAAUCGUUGUUUUUGUUACCGGUGUUGUGCAUGCACCUCGCAAAACGCACACCGCUUAUAGUAGAGUGGUCCACGUAAAUGUACAAUUCAAAACCCAUACAAUUCUUAUUUGUUGGGCUUAACAGUGAUGAGUAAUGUUCCGAAAGUAAUUCUCAGCGGACACAUUUCUUGGCACAACACCAGCAGCACCAGCGACUCACUCCAUGUGCAGGGGGCGUGGUUUCCUCCUCUCUCAUUUUGAUUGACAGCUGGCAGGGUACUCAGUCAGCUACCCUUGAAAUUCGAUAAGUUCAUUCAGCCUCCGACAUCACAGGCUUUGCAAUGUGACUAUCGCGCACACAAUGACGAUGCUCAAACGAUAUGUCGUGCAGCCCUACAGCAAAGGUUUGAGGAAAACUAGCAUCUGCUGCAGGAAAGACGAAGACCUCAAGACGAAAACAUGGUAAACUACAGGAAUAAAACCGAAAAUGAACAAGAUCUGUUCAGUAAAUUUUCAGUGAAAGGGGUAUAGGUUAAAUAUAAUAUAACAUAUAAGCUGAUGGACCAUCAUUUCAACAACAAAAACAAAAAAGUCAACUUUGAGAUAUUUUGUUGUGACACACGGACAAGAAUCUGAAGAGGAAUUGAUCGGUUAAAUUCUGAAGUUUUAGAGCGUUUGUUUGAUAAAACACGUUAUAAAAUAGCGAUGCUUUAUCGAUGAUAUGACUGACAAAUGUUCCAGCUUUCUGGAGAAUUGAAAGAGAGAAAAUAAUCGGCAAAGAGGUGAUUAUGAAAGCACCAGUAAUCAUUACCAUUUCAGUGAGAAAUUGAUUCCCUUUACAGUGUAACGGAGGACCUGACAAAGGAGUGUUAAUGAGAUGUACACUUACUUGUCUGUGAAUUGAACAGCAGGCAAUUAAGUUUUUUCCAAUAAAUAGAGUAUUCAACAUUUGUCACGGCUCAGAGGGAAUCAAUUAACGAUCCAAUAUUUAAGGAAUAACUUGAACUCUGCAAAUAUCGGCUUUCACGUUGUCUGGGUUCGAUUUUUGCUGAUUGCUUAUGCAGCGCAUAUCCCCCAGUCUGUCUGAGUUCGUGUGUUCGCUUCAGUAAAUCAAACCUGGUGGCGAUGAAAAUUUGACAAAAGCAUCAGAAGUGAGUCCUUUUAAAUCUCCGUCUGAGGGAAAUCUCCGCGCGCCCUCUACGCAGUGACUCACUCACCUGAGUCGACCGUACAUCUUCACAGCCUUGGCAAGCCUGGCUGAGCACAAUCAUUCAGAGAGUUGUAAACAGCUCCCCUCUUCAAGGCUGUGCUUUAUCACACACUAACAUGCAACAUGCAUUUGUUCAGACCAAUAAGCCCCAAACAUGUGAGCAGUAAUCUGUCUUAAUCUUUUUUUCCAGAGGGUAGUCUGUUUUUUAGAUAUCCACUGAAUAGAAAAGAUUGAAGAGAGGAGGAUGAAAAAAAAGGGGGAAACAGUGAUGAAGCACGAUGCAUUCACUAUUUUUAACCCUCCUCCUGUGUUAGGGUCUGCACCGACCCCUUUUUGAUUUUAAAUACUUACAGAGUGUUACAGACUGCUUUUCUUUUGUAUAUGUAUGAUUGUAUUUGACACUGUGAUGAUGAUCAAAUAAACUAAACUAAACUAAACUAAACUAAAACUAAAUUCUUUUAACACUGUUUGGUGAUCAAAAGGAAUAGGCAGAAGCUCGAAGCUUGUAGAUGCCUAUCCUACUUACUCAUGUUUUACCAAAAUUAGUUUAGUUACUCAGUAUGUAUAACGAGUACGUUUGACUAGCUGAGCAUUCCAAUGUAAAAGCAAAGCAAGAACAGAACGAAAAGGAGCAGCAACCAGAGGAAACAGGAAGCAUAUAAUUUAAUUUAGGAUCAAAAUAGAUCCAACUUCUAACUUAUUUAAAUCCUACAUAUUAUUUAUUAAUCAUUAUCGUGUGGAUUAUUAUAAUUAUAAAUAAAUCCAUAUAUGUAUAAAGUCUCAUAUAUAUACUCAUAUAUACUCAUAGAUAUAUCUACCUAUAUACCUACAUAUAUCUAUAUAUAAACAUAUAUACCUACAUACAUACACAUACAAACACACAUACACAUAUUCAUAUGUAUAUACAUACAUAUACAUAUACACACAUACAUAUAUAUACACACAUUCACACCUAUUAAGCUAUGGCAUGUUUGUGUAUUUAUGCAGGAUAUUACAUUUAAGCCGUUUUUUAAUCACUUAAAUUAGCUUUUUUGCAUCGAGACUUUUUGACUUUGUCAGGAACCUCUAAUUCAACAAAAUAAAUAAUAAAAUUAAAAAAUUAAAUUGACUAAAUUAUAAAAUGCUCUUAUUAAAAUUAUGGCACUUGUCGUGUUAGGGUCGCUGUUGACCCGGUUAGAUCAGUAUCUAAUAAUUAGAACAAAAACUGAAAUCAUAAGUGCACUGCCAGACACCACACUGACAGUCAGAUCCUCUUCCAAUCAUGUGUGAUUUAGGAAAUUCUCAUUUUUCCAUGUUUUUCCCUGCACAAAAAACAACGUCAGGCAUGUCCAAACGUGUGAGAUCAAUUCAGUAUAGAUGUCUGUGUGAGGGGUAUACUGACAAAGAAAAGCCCAGAGGCCCACAACAAAAAAUAUUACAAACAAUAUUUUCAUGGAUAAUGAAGCCUAAUAAGGUAACCUAGAGAUGAGAACCAAAGUGGGUGAUACAGAAUUGUUUUUAGUGUGAUUUACAGCUGAUUUAAGACACAGGUCAAAACCAAUCUUUAACAUAGUGGGUGUGCAGUAAAAGCAAACACAGGAGGAAGGUUAAAUAGAAGAAACCUGAUUUUCUCACUAAAUGCAUUAAAGAAGGCCUUUACUCCUGAAAUGAAGGAUUAUUUAGUCAAAUUCUUCUGUUUUUGUGACAAUUCUGCCCCCUCUAAAUCGACACACAAGAAAGAAAAGAGCUGGUUUAGCAUUUUCCUGGUAAACAACUUCAUAAAUACUCCACAUAUUUGGCAAAGCCUUAAACCAAAACCUUUUCCAUCUGAAAAAAACCACAAACUUCAAGACGUUUAAGUCUUCCUUCACCGUAACCUUUUCCACACAGUUUCAUACUGAGUGUGUUGAUACGGGGGUUUUGAAAGAUUCUUGGUGGGGGAUCUCCCACGCUGUGGUACGCAGACGGUUUAGUAACCUCUGGUGUUUGCACUCAGCGGUGUUCUUCAUUUGAUGUUUUUAUCUCCUCCAAACAGGAUGUACAGACGCACCUCCAAUAUGGUGGGACUCAGCUACCCCCCCUCUGUGAUAUCUGUGCUCAAGGUAUUAACACGCGCGCACGUGCCUUCACGCUCACACUCAUAUCAAACGACAACUUGUACACACAAUCAGUUCAAAUCAAUUCAAUUUAAAUUCUUUGUUUAGUCUCAAAAGGACACCGAGUUUCCCAUCAUGAGGAUAAAUAAACUGUGAAACGUUUUAAUUUGUCUUUAAAUAGUUCGAUUAAAAAUAAUUAAACUUUUGAUUUCUUCUUCUUCUUUACACAGAAUGUUGACAGGUGGUCAUUCGACGUCUUCGCCCUCAACGAGGCCAGCGGGGAUCACGCGCUUAAAUUUAUAUUCUACGAGCUGCUCACGAGAUAUGACCUCAUUAGUCGCUUCAAGGUAAAAGCACAAGGAUGCGCCACUACACCACACCGCUCCUCGCUACCGCAGCUUUGGUUUGGGGUCAUUAAAACAGGGAUAAACUGAACAUCUCCAGCACAGGUCGUAACAACCUUCACAAUCCCUCCAUCGGUUGAAUGAAAGCGAGCAGACCCACUUCUCUGCCUCUUCAGUGUGUGUGAUUGUGUGGUUGGAUUUCAACAAUGGCCACAUUAUGAGGGAGCUCGGACAUACUUCAUCUCAUGUCGUGCUUGUGGCGCUCAUUUUCUUCUUCUGAGGACACUCUACGUGAAGUGACAACAUCUGAGAGUAAAUGACGCCGGCAAUGAAUGUGUAAUCACAGACCACAGGAGCCUAAAGAUUCACGAUCCGUGGUUUUAUGACAUCCAUUUUGGAUGCUGAGUGGGUCUGUGUAUGGAUGGAAAUUGUAUGUCCUUGACAUUUAAAUCAGACCAGGAGGCUGGGAGAAGUUCUGACCGUCUUUUGUGUGUUUCAGAUUCCCAUCUCUGCUGUGGUGUCAUUCGUUGAGGCUCUAGAAGUGGGAUACAGCAAACAUAAAAACCCCUACCACAACUUGAUGCACGCUGCAGACGUCACACAGACCGUACAUUACUUGCUCCUCAAGACUGGCAUGGUGGUGAGUAGGAUCAGUCACACGACAUCAAUCAAAUCAAUCAAAUUUUACUUAUAUAGCACCAAUAUACAACAGCCGUUAUCCUAAGAGCAGUUCUAGACCAUUGUUUGAUGAAUUAAGACCAUAUCCUUAAGAUGGGACAGAUUUGACCCAUCUCAUCUAACAUGAGUGGCAGUGGCAAAGAGAAACUUCCUUUUAGAGGGAUAUUCCAGCGUUAAAUUAAUUUAGGGUCAAACACAUCGUAACACCAAGUUAGACACCCUGCUGCAGUCAGUAAUGGAUUGGCCUGCAGUCUCACUACAAACAAGGAGAGUCGGUGAGUUGUGUCCAGUCUCUUUGCUAAAGAAAUCAGGCAAAGUUAAAAAGAUGUUUGUUGGCUAGUGCUGCGGCUAGGACCCUACAUGUACUGUUGAUGAAGUUAGGUGCUGUUCUGAGCAUUAUUUGUGGCUAUAGAGUGGCGUUUUGGUUGAGGUUUGUUUAUGGCUCCUCAGACCGCUGUGUAUUACUAUCCUAUGGUCGUUACUAAAGUUGGUAUAACUAGAGAAGCAAGCUGUUGGCAACAUUCAUCUUUCGAUGGGGUGUCUAACGUGGCAUGUUUGGCCCUAAUUUAAUUUUACACUGGAAUAUCCCUUUAACAGGCAGAAACCUUGGGAAGGACCAGAUUCGUGUCAGGCCGCCACCAAGCAGCUGCUGAGGUGGGGAGAAAUAUAGAGAGAUAGGAAGAGAGAGAGAGGGAGAGGAGGGAGAGAGGACAGGGUGAGAGAAAGAGAACAAGGAAGUAGGAGGGAGAGAGAGAACGAGUGAGGGAGAGGGAGGGAGAGAGAAAAGAGAUCAAGGGUGAGAGAGAGAAAGAUGGGACGGCAGCAACAUUAAAACAAAAGUACCAACAACAACAACAACAACAACAGCUCAUACAGAGUUGUGGUUGCAGAGCAAGUACACACAGGAUCCUAAAAAAUCAUCAUCAGAUGUUGUUUGUCAGCCUAAGUGCAGCUUUCCUUGUCUUGCAGCUGCUGAAUAUUGGUGUUAUUUUGGAGAAUUUAUUCGUCAUUACUGCUCCCAAGAAAAUUCUCCCUUUUUGAAUUCUAGUCUUGUUCAAGGCCAGUUCGAGGAAAACAGCCCUCAUUUUGAAGCCUAUCUUUCAAAUCCUGACCCCAGAUGUUUUCUGUCUCGUUGCUUUUACCAUGCUGCUGCUUUUGCUCUUUUCCAUCUAGUGACUUAUACUUCAGCCCUUCCCACUGUAGUGACUUUGGGGCUUUUCUUUCACUAGAUUCAUUCGACCGAAAAAGGGAAAAAAAAAGAACUCAGGCCGAGUUCAAAACCCCCAACCAGCCAGCCGCCCCUGCUUCCAGCGUUUUUAUUUAAUCACCUUAAUAAGGUGGCUGCGACAGCUGUCGACAUGGUGCGUUUCUACAGGGCAGUGCCUUGCGGAGUAAACCACAUUACUGCGAGAACCCUGGGCUCCUGGGAGAGCAGGAGAACAGAAUCUAUCAUUUCAGAGGCCCUCCAGACUCCAUUAAAUCAACAAUCAACAGGUCAUUCAUAAAGCCAGCCUCAAGAGGGAAAAAUACUGAAGGACGGAUCAGCCAUCUUACCCCCGUCCUCCACGCCCCCCCUUGUUCCUCAUGACUCCUCCAUCCCCCACUGUUGAUUAGUCACCAAUAUCGACUCAGCUUCCUGGGCUAAAUCCCCGCUCUGUGUAUGCGAGUGCGCUGAGAUUCGAGCACACUCGCAGGUGUGUGGACGCUGCAAACACUCGUAGAUUCAACAUCAAUACCCACAAGUCAAAGUGCAAACAUUCACAGACGGGUUCAGUCCAUGUUAUUCUCACUAGUCCCUGUCAGCUUACUCUUUGGAUUCUGGUGGCUACGUGGGUGCUUAUUUGACGAAACACAGUUUUGCAGCGAGUGUUUGACAUUUGGGAGAAUAAGUGUAUUCACUAUCAUGCCGAUAGUUUGAUGAGAAGAUUAAUACCCAUCUCAUUUUUACCACAUUAGCAUACGACGCUGCCUGGGGUGAAACAUUGCAGCGGGUGAUGAUAUUGUCGUUUCGGGAGUGGAGUGCGGUGGUGGCUCACUUUUCUUUAUUAAGCUGAGUCAUUGUACGCAGCACAGCAGGAUCAACAGUAUGACAGGCUGUAACCUUUGCAAAACAAUUGUACCGGGGCAGAAAAGCAAAGAAAGCAACACUGCAGUCAGCUACUCCUGUGAUGGCUGUCAGUGAAGUCAGCUCCAUCACCUUUGAGUCAAUCACCUUUUCAAAGCUCAGAAUGGGUUUUGUAAAAUGGACUGUUGUGUGCUCGACCUAUUUGUUCCUGAUACAUUUUUCAAAACUUGAUACAGCGCCCCGGACAACUGACAUGGUUGUCCCUCUCCUGUUUGUGGGACUUGGUUUGACUUAGGGCUGGGCGAUAAAACGAUAAACGAUAUAUACCGAAAAUUAAUUUCCCUCAAUAUCAAUAUAAAACAUGGUCAACGUGCUUUUCGAUAGUCGGCAUUCUGACAUGUUUUGGUAGACUGUAUGAAUAGCCAAUGAAAAGUGGAGUUGCUCCAGGUCGACUUCGCGCCGCAACAAUCGUGCUGAAUUAGAAGCAAGUAGCAAACAUCUGCGUAGUAGGAGGCUGCAGCUACACACAUCCAUAGCAGAUGAAGGCUCAACAGAUGAUGACAUUGUCGACAACAAUGUGUGGAGGUAUUUUGUUUUUUUGAGGUCGGACAUGAAGCAGAUGUAAGGAUGCUUAGCCUAUGUUCACACUUUAAAAAUGGAAGGUCAUUUUGACAAGCUUUACUGGUUGCAGAUCUGGGUUACAGCUUCAUCAGGCCACAAGUGUAACAGAGACUGGUCUGAGAAUGUUCAAGUAUGUAUCACCGUCCACGUUUCCAAACAUUCCGCUUGCAUCUUAUUGAUCUUAAGGAGAGUCCAUGUUGGGUAAUAACAAAGCACAACAUAUUUUGGGAGCCUGAGUGAUGUUAAACAUGGGUACAAGGUCCUUGUUAAGGAUAGUUGUCGGAGGCCCAUGGCUCCAGAAAUCUAGCACCAAAGUAUUCGAGGUAUUACAGCUCCACCACCCUAAAGGCUGACAUGACUGGCUAAACAAAAUCAGAGUAAUGUGCACUGCAAAUUAUGUCGAGUACAUGAUCUUGCAAAGUCGGGGAAUACCUCAAAUCUUUUUCCCCACCUGAAGCAGCGCCACACAGCAGAGCAUGCACAAUGCGAAAGGUUACCAACCUUGAGUGGACCAAAGAGCCCAUGGUGCUCGUGCAACCGAAACAGCCAACCAUUCGGUCUGCUUUCUCUUGCGCAAUGCCUUACGACACCAAGACCUCACAGAUGCAGUAGCUUAUGGUAUUGCAAAAGACAUGCUACCAAUAAGCACUGUCAAAUUUCAUUUUUUGUUUCGUGAUAUAUACAUCGAUAUUGACUGAUAUGGAAAAAAAUAUGGUAAUGAACUUUUUCCCAUAUCGCCUAGCCCUAGUUUUACUUAUCAGGCAGGAAAAGCAGUCUUUGUGGAGAGCAAAAGCAGGUGUAUCACACACCGACACCACGUCACCUUGGCUCCCUUCAGCACGAAUAUAACAUUUGAUUUAUGGCCAAACAGAAAUCUAAAUGCAAUGUUUGGCUGACAAUCAAAAACAAUUUAAGCAACAAACUUUCUUGAUGCAAAAGACAAACAAUGAUUAGAUUUACAGACCACUGAAGGCAUCAGAAUCGAUUGAUCCAACUUCUGCUUGACAAACAAACCAUUUAAAGUUGCAUUCAUUUGCUCUCGUGGAAAGAUCUGCCAAAACUCGGCUUUUUACUUCUUUACAAACCUGCACCACGAUGUUGUUAUUUCCAUUAGCUCAGAGUCCAAAAAACUGCAAAUGCAUCAUAAGAGAAUUGCUUUGGAACUGCUGAUGUGAGACACUGUUCAUUUACUAUCUACUGCUGAACUGAGACUCGAGGGUAAGAGACGAACAAGUCUAACCCCGGGGGAUUUACUAAACCGAAGAGACGACUGUGUUUAUACUGCAGGUGUGAAAUGCCACAUGGAAAAGGAAGUCAAAGCUAAUCCACAGAGCCUUUUAUUACACAACAUCGUCUAUUGUUCAACUGAGAUUUGGUCUUGAGUAAAACCGGUCUAAAAAAUGUGCGCAACUUCACCAAAAACUGUCCUAAAGGCAAAGAUUUGGUUGAAUAAAAUCAGGUCUAGAAUUGGUUUAGCUCAGUAAGUGGAAAUAACUUGUUUUGCAGUGUCUUGUUUUCCCCUCCGGCAUCAACUGCUCCUAAUUCACACUUCAUAUCUUAUAAAUCCAUAUAAAUCCAAGUGUAAAAACAAAAUGUGGACUUUAUCUUCCUACUCUUGCUUUAGACAUUAAAGUAGUGUUUUCUUGUCAUCUAACUUUAAGCUAAGAGUGAAAAAUUGUGUUUCCUCUAAUUCCUUUAAGAGUCGCUGUUACUUUUUUGUCAUCAUCUUUUUUUUUUUUCUUGCUGCAGUCGGGAGUCGUGUCUGGAAAAAAGGUUUCAACUUGAUUUGAAAAACUUAAAUUGAAUAGCAGGAUAUGUAUUUCCUCCCUUGCGACAGAGAGCACAACUUUUUCAUUUUUAUUUGGUAACGGUGACAAGCCGCACUCGGAGGCUGUGUAAAGGGGGAACGAGGAGGAGUCGUAGGAGGAGUUCAAACUGACAGUUUAAAAUGUGAAUCCUGAUCGAGCUUGUCUUAUCUAAAGUUUCCGUUUUGAUUUGCUGACCUUUUCCUCCAUUUUCUCCUCCUCAUUCGUUCUCUUUCAUCCCUGACUGUAAUGUAUUCUCAUGCCAAAUAUCUUCCUCUGCAUCCUUUAUAUCACUUUUUCCCUCUACAUCUUUUUGACAUGAUGAACCAUUUCCUGCGUUCCUCUUUUCCCUUCACUGGCUCCUCAUAUCUCUGCCUUCUCAUCUAUCCAUUCUUUACUUUUAUUUUCAUUUCAGGUACUUUCUUCUUCUUGCUCACCUCUGUAACACCUUUUUCUCCUCUUUAUUCUUCUCCUCAUAUCUCUUUCUUUUAAUGCUCACACCCCACUCUAUCACUUUUGUCCCCCGCAGCACUGGUUGACCGAGCUGGAGAUCUUUGCAAUGAUCUUCGCAGCAGCAGUGCACGACUAUGAGCACACAGGGACCACAAACAACUUUCACAUCCAGACACGGUAAUGGAUCAUAAAAUCAAAAAUGCAUGGCACAGACUCACCCGAUCAAUGUUUUCAUUUGCAGCAGGGGGCCUUUACAUUGACACUAAGAUCGCCUGCAGUGCAGUAACAACACUGGGGCAGGACGCGGCUCCGGAUAAACUCCUUUCUCCUGAGAUCUGGAGUUGGAGAUGGAAAAACUGUAACCGCUGCAUAUGCUGUGAUUAAAACUUGGAAAGUUACAUUUAGAGUGAUAAAAAGUCUGGAUUCAGUUUAAUUGUAAAAGUUGAACUUUGUGGUUGAGACUUACUUCUCCACCACUUUUACUUUUUAGAAAGAAAACUUUGCAGGUUAUUUCAUGUCUCGGUUUUUAAAAUAAUGCAGAGAUUUUGCAUUUUAUUUUUUGGUAUCAAACUCAAUCAACAGUCAUUUUUCACUGUCACAGAGGGAACAAACCUCAGUGUCGUUUCUGGUUUGUUUUGAAUAAUCUGAUUGAAGUUUAUGCAUCCAGUUCAUUCAUUUACAGAGAAAGUCUGCAACUCCGGCAUAUUUUGGAAAUGCUUGUUUUACUUUUGCUCACUUAAACUUGUAUAAAUGUCCCUUUUGGGAUUCCCCCCCCCCCUUUUUGUGAUUAAGGUGAAGAAAAUGAUUGACGAGUGCAGAUUCGUGAAAUCAAAGUCUUUCGUCUUAAAACUUGCUUUGAUCAUUUGUUGUUAUUUUGUACUUUUGCUUGUUUUAAAAAUAGUGAUAUUGGUCAAAUAUCAGCAAAAAUUUGAAAAUUGGACUAUAUCGGUCUGCAUCUAAAAUCUCCAAUAUCAGCACUCUGAUACAAGCAGUCCAUUCCAGACUCCGCUCCAGCAUUUCUAUCUAGCAGCGCCAUGUAGAGCCCAUGUAAUCACAACAACAGUGUGUACUAAGUCACUGACAAAGUAGCAGUGAUGUUGGCAGUGUGGCAGUAUUUUUCAUUAUACUCUGAAAAAGAUGUUGCAGCUGAGUGCAAAACAAGUUUGUGCCAAUAUCGGAUCAAUAUCAGUAUCCGCCAAUAUUGAAGGCUACAAUAUCGGUAAAAAAAAAAUGUAUCAGGACAGCCCUAUUUUAAGGGUUGUUAUACUCUUUAUUUUUAGUUUUUUAAUAUAUAUAUUUUGUGAAGAACUUGGUGACAAUGCUUCAUGCUAUACCAAAUAUACUUUACUUACUUAGACCAGAUUCAAUCAGUUUAGAUACAACGUUAUUUAUCCUUUUGGGAAGGUUUCCUCAGUAGACUUACUUACUCUCCAAGGAGGUCAGGACCUGGAGAACAAACUACAGAAAACAAGCGAGGUUUUGUUUACCUGGCUAGCUGCCAGACUGCAUCUAUAACUUUCUUUGCAAUGCAGGCAAAAAAGCUGCAGCAUGAACUCUUGAGUAAUGGAGCUAAUAAAAGAGAGUAUAGAUCUCUAAAGUAGUCUGAAGUUUAUAAUUUGGGGGCACAUUUUCCUGACACACUGAAAAAGUAGGAACAUCUAAAGGGCUAUUUCUCUCUCUCUAAAAGAUGUUCCUUUCCAUUUUGUCCAAUGAAAGACAACUUCUCUGCUUUCUCUGGCAGGUCAGACACAGCCAUCCUAUACAACGACCGCUCAGUGCUGGAGAGUCACCAUGUCAGCGCAGCGUACCGCCUGCUGCAGGACGACGAUGAGAUGAACAUCCUGUACAACCUCUCCAAGGAUGACUGGAGGUCAGAGAGACAGGAACUUGGACAGAUAAUGAAAGAGCAGAGGGGAAGCGAAGGGAAGGAAAAUGUGGGGAUGUUUGAGACAAAUAGAGAGGCAGACAAGACACGGAGAAGCCAGACAGGUCAGGGAGAACAGUUCGACAGUGUACAAAUAUCCUUUUCAAACAUUCUUGGGAACUUUUUUCUUAUUCAUCAAGUUUAAAAGUGAUGCUUGUUGAGGUGAAACUCCCAAACUUGGACGACUUCAAGGUCCAACAGAAGUGCAUUUAUUUGUAAAACUACUUUCAAAGAGGCAGAAAAGUCAAAUUCCUGGUGGACGUGAUAAAGCAGAAAUAAUUGCCACCCUUCCAAAAUCUGUCUCCAGUAACUUUUUUCCGACCUUCAGAAAAAGACGACUUUUACAUCCUUUGAGAGCUUGCGAAGCAGUUUUCUGGCUUAUGUUUCCCUCUUCUUUUGUUUGCAUCCAGAGAGCUGCGGGCGCUUGUGGUAGAAAUGGUGCUGGCCACAGAUAUGUCGUGCCACUUCCAGCAGGUGAAGGCCAUGAAGAACUUCCUACAACAACCAGAGGGGUCAGUUGAAUUUUUCUAACCCUAACCCUAACUUCAUUGCUGUUUCUGUUAUAAUGUCAUUGCUCAAUCACCACCCACUGUUCUCGAAGGGUACACUCAAAGUUGAGCCCAACAGACCUUCUCGGUUGCUGCAAACAGAUUUUUCCACACUAGGACAGGUGAUAUCUGUUGCUACAGUAUUUUUUUGUCAGUUUCUACCAAAGAUCAUUAGUUGAACAGCACAGGUAUUCAGUAGUCUGUUACUACUGACCCUCUCAGGCACAAACAUAAGGUACUUUGUGUUUCUCUUAUGCAGCAGAGUUAUGGGGCAGUCGCACCAGAUUUGGCACAGUGAAUUUAUUUGCACACUGCAGUGAAAAACAGCCCGUGGUAGAAAUACUGCUGGCUCACUGUAUGCUGCAAGACAUGCCUCAAGAAAAUAUUAGCCUUCAAAAAAAAAAUCAAUGUACCACUGUCUGAACCAGUACCAUUUGUCUUCUAUAGCAGUUACAUACUUCUACACUUAAGAGGUACACAUUUGGAGGCAGCAGCAUCCAAUCAGCUAAAAAGUCAUCGGCUCCUCAUAGAAUGAAGAAGCACAGAGUUUUUCAGCCCAACUCUGACAAACACGCCCAGACCAUAACUCUUCCCCCCGCUCAAACUUUGGAGUAGACACCGCGCUUCCCAGUAGGUAGCGUUCUCAUGACCACAUAACCCAGCUGCAUCCAUCAAACUGCCAGAUAGAGGGUCGUGAUUCACAACUCUGAAAAACCCAUUCCCACUGUUCUGGAGUUCAGUUUCUGCAUGCUGUACACUCCAUCAUGGCUGAUGUAAGGCUUACAUGUACUGUACGUGCAGCUCCUCGGCCAUAGAAACCUGUUUUUUUUGUGCUUAUAUUGCUUUAAUGUACAGUUUGAUAAGCUGUAGUUAAUGAGGCAAGAAGUCAUAGGUGAUUUUAACAUGCUAAGAGCUCCCACACUCAUUAGUCCAAGAGUUUGUUCCACAUAAAAAAACCCGACUUAAAUAGGGCAGAUCUAAUAGGACAUCAAUUUCAGUUGCUGUGGCAAGACAGACGUCUAAUAACAAUGCCCUGUUUAAAGUCUCUGGCCUCCUGACGACCCUUUUCAAAGCUGUGCCCCAAUUAAAGGGACUGCUUUCUCUAAAGGGGGCAUUUGGAGACUCGUUGUGUGACUCCGGGGCUGUCCCGAUCUUAUGCUCCUUCACAGGCAGCUAGAAUCAAUACAUUGAGACAAUAAAGACAGCUUAAACUUGAAAUGAUCAAAAUGCUGGUGGUGUUUAAAGGGAAAUCCUGAGUAAAAUUAAGUUAGGGUCAAACACACUGGAAUCCCGACAAUAGCAAUACACAGCAGUCUGAGGAGCCAUAAACAAACCUCAACUGAAACGCCAUUAUGAUCAUAAAUGUUCUUCCUUGAGCUGCGGCACCCCGCUGUAUUUUGUAAUGCACUGACCUGAGGUCUCGCUACAAACAAGCGGCUGCUGGAAGAGAGUAGGUGAGUUGUGUUUAGUCUCUUUGCUAAAGAAAUUAGGCAAAGUUAAAAAGAUGUUUGGUGGCUAGUACUAUGGCUGGGACCCUAUAUGUACUGUUGAUGAAUUUAUGUACUGUUCAGAGCAUUAUUUGUGGCUAGAGUGGUGUUUUGGUUGAGGUUUGUGUGUGGCUCCUUAGACCGCUGUGUAUUGCUAUCGUUACUAAAGUUGGUAUAACUAGAGAAGCAAGCGGUCGGCAACAUUCAUCUCUCGAAGGGGUGUCUAACUCAGUGUUAUGUUGUAUUUGACCCUAAAUUAAUUUUACACCGGAAUAUCCCUUUAAGUUAUGCAAGUCUGGCUAUGUUAGCUAGUUAGCCAGCUAGUUUCCCAGAGUUUAGGCACUGUUUGACAUAAGUUAAGAUUAUCGUAAUUCAGGGGGAGGAGUCCUAAUAAAUGUUGUUCAAGACUGGCGCUACAUGCUCACCUGCUCUUCCGACCUUCCCAUCGGCUACCAUAAUAACCGUCAAUUAAGUCUAAAGUAAACAAAUUUUUCUUCUCAUUCAUGAAAUGCAAAAAUUGGGAACGUUUCCGAGAACAGCUUUAGCCAGGGAGAGCUCAUCCAAAAUGGGGACUGUCCUUGGAAAUCGGGGAUGUGUAAGUGUAAGUGUGGGGACAGCUGUCAACACAAACAAGAGAUGCUCCUUAGACCUGUUCACUUCAACCUGAGUCCUUUGAAGGAUCCUACCUCAGCUUAAAUGUUUAUAAUUCACACUGUCUUCAAGGAUGGAUAAUAACAGGUAGGACAUGGUUAAAAUCUUGAAGUUAGCAUAUUCAACACAUUUUUUUUCAUAUGGUUUCUGUCAAUGAAGUUAAUGCUGAUUAUCUUGAGUUAUGUCCAAAUGUUCAUUUUUCUGAGUUAAACUGGUUUAAUUCAUUUUUUGAUUACACAUAAAGAGACAUAUGAACAAAAAUAUGAGUUUCUGCAUCCAACCAACAUAAGAAUAUGCAAACUGAUAAACUGACCUGAUCCUUGCUGUUUAGUUGGCUAUCAAUACCAUGGCUCCACCACUCUUACUCUACUGUCCAAUCUCAAGCUCUGAAUUUUGCCUCACUUUUGUGCCAUAUAGGUAGAGAGGUGUUGUCCACAUUUAUAGUCAGUCAUUUGUCUGUAGAAAUGAGACGCCUGUGCUGACUCACAUCCAUGCAACUGUCGAUGGGAUGGGUGGAGGCUGACACACUUGAAUUAAAAAGUGGCAUUCACUGAGUGUCGGUCAUAAUGUGUUGUCUGAUACGCUCUAGGUGCAGACACUGAGCUGCAGCACGGGAGGGACAGAAAUAAAAGAGCGCUAUCAAGCUAACGAUCACAUGACAUGAUGAGUCAUCACUGCUGAUGUAGCUGAGAUGAGUGUUGGAAAGCGUUUGACCUUUGGGUUACUCCUCUCACUGAGAUAAUGCACUGCAUUUGUCACGACUGCAUAAAAGACAGUGAUCCGGAGAUAAGUAACUUCCCAGGACUAUAUAUAAAUAUAGGAAAUAAACAAUAUAAUACCUAUGUACUUGUAAAUGCAUCCCCAGAGUGCUGACUGCAAGGUAAUCAGCAAGGUAAAGUCCAGCAAAUGGCACACACAAACACACGUACGCACACUCACACACUCGGGGGCACAUGAAUGAGAGAUUGCGGUCUGCAGGAAGCUGUAAUGCUGAAUAGACUGUAAUGUGCAGUAAUUCAAACCAGUGUGCCCCUGGCCUGCUUGGAGUGCACUUUAAGACCCAAUCUGCCACAAAUGGAAGCGAGGGAAAUUUGAGCGAGUCAUUCUGACCCCUGUUUAACCUUGUGCUGUCUGUGCGUAUCUCUGCGCAUGAAUAUGAUCGUGUGUAUUACCAUUUUAUGUGUCUUUUCUCCAUGUUGCUCUGUGUCUGACAAAUCAAGCUUCAGUCCAUUAAACAUGAUAUUUUGAUACGGUUAUCAGGUGGUAUCUCAGACGCCACUGAUGUCUGAUACGGUGAAAUGAAGCGUCUUCACGCUGAGCUCUAGUGGAGAAAAGCGAUUAACUUAAUGGAGACAUUUUGAUGGAAGAGAUUCAUCCUUACUUUUUUUCUAUUUCUCUGUUUUUUCCUUCUCUUUUGACAGCUGAGAAUUUGUGUUUUUUUUUUUUGCACGGGCUAAUAAAUGCAUGUGUAUGUAUCAGCAUCUGUUUAAUGAGCGUUUUUACAAGGGAUGUUUUUGUAUUUGCUUUCACCGGUUUGGCAGAUUGAGGGUGUUGCUGUUAGAUCGGUGCCUUCGGCGCUCAUAAAAGAAACAGAAAAAAAAAACAGCUAUUAACUGAUCACAGUGAUACAAUAAUAAGUAUUUUCACGCAUGUCAUACAACUUUAUUUUGCCCAAAAGCUUUUAAAAAAUAUCCACAUCACACUGGUCGACUGGAUGACAUGCCUUUUUAUCUCCAUGAACACAAAGACUGUGAUUUCCAGCUGUCAGAAAUACCUCAAACCAAACUUGUGUUAUUCUCGUAGCUUUUGAAGGAGUUUACAAAGUCAUUUGAAGGAUUUAGCCUAAAGGUAAGGAAUAUUUAAGUCUCUUACAGUCUGCCUUGAGGUAAACAUGCUGCUGCUUUAUAAGAUCUUUGAAUGGAGCUGUAUGGGGUUUAUAGGUAUUCCCAGCGUGGUGGCGUCCUGUGAGUCUUCUUUGACUUCUUUGUUCAUAUAUUUCUUUUUGAAUCUAGAUGGAUUUUAACAGGCCGCUGGAUAGACUCUGACUUCCUUGAAGGGCAGAUCUUAUAAAAGCCGAAGUAAAGGAUUGAUAUAUGAAAAUAAAGAACUUUAUUUUAGUCUACAGAUUGAACCUGUGGGCUUGAGACUCACCACAAAUGACAGGUAACUCUGUCCAAAAGUAUCAACACAUUUUACUGUUUUUCAAUGAGACUAUUUAAGUAGAAAUUUUGCAGACCUGCAGACUCCUGAACUCUCUGCAUCCAGGCACUGAAAUAACAUGUUUUGACAGUACUUCAGGAUUUCAGUUCUGCACAUUUCUGCAGUUUAGAAGCCAGCAGCUGCAGUGCAUUAGUCUGCAGUAAUCAGUUUAAUGGUUUUCACCACUGCGCAUCUUAUUUAUGAUCCCAACCCUCUCUUUGUCCUUGUGAUAUCUUGUUAAUUGUAUGUGGUUCUCAUUCUUUUUUUCUCUCUCAAAACAAAAACAUUGCAAAAGCAAGUUUGUUGACUUAGUCGGGGCUGGGACUAAAGCUUCAGCAUUCAGUUAUUCACAUUAAGUGGAUGAUUGUUAAACAAGUUUUAUUAAAAGAAAACACAAGUGAGAAACUCCCAGAGACACAAUACAAUGUCUGGAGAGGGGUCAUUUUUGCCAUGGGGAAAACCUGGGAGAAAUGCUGGUACAAUGUACAAGGUAUCUCUGCAAAAACUUGUUUUUUUCUCUGACAGUCAAUUUUUAUCUGCAGAUUGCAAAGGACACCUCUGCAGCUGUGCCACAACUUUGUAUGAUUGACCCUGCUGUCCCCAGAGACACUCCUGGUCUCAGAAAAUUCACAGUUUUCCCUUAAGGAUUGGUAUUUUCCAAUAUCCUUGCUGCAGAUUCGUCUGGGAGGCAUGUUUGGCUCACAGUGUAGCUAUUUUAAAAGAAGUGAACAAGGAGGAUUUGAUUAUUUAUAGGUGGUUUCAGACCCCAAAUCCCACAUCAUACCUUGAAUUAAUGAAGAGGAAAAUGGAAAAUAACAUUCAGAUUUGAUCAUUUAGGCAAACCAUAUUUGAGGGCCUGUGCAUCCGUCUAAUUUUGAUAUUAAAAGUAUAUUUCUUUAUAGUCAAGUCGCUCCUCUUUUCCAGAAUCGACAAACCCAAAGCUCUGUCCCUGCUGCUGCACACAGCGGACAUCAGCCACCCUGCCAAAAGUUGGGACCUCCACCACCGCUGGACCACCUCUCUACUGGAGGAGUUCUUCAGACAGGUGAGCAGGCGCACCUGAGAGAUCACUCAACGAAUCGUGGGAGGCUUUUCUGACCAGCAUAGAAAAAAAAUACUGCAUACUUUAUCUACACAGAGGCUCAUACUUGUAGGUGAUGAGAAGAAAAAAUGAGAAGAUGAUUGAGAAGUUUAUUUUUUCCAUAAUUCCAUUCAAAAAGUUAAGUCUGCAGUCUUCCCCAUAUUGAACUGGGACAAUUUAACCAAACUGGAGCAAAUUAAUGACACCUGUGGACACCUGUGCAGGUGCAGGUGCUUUGAGUUUAGCAGAUGAUUAGUGUGUGACACUGGGCUGGUUUCUUCACAGUAUUCUAAUCUUUUGAAUUCCUGUUUUCGUGGGUUUUAUGAGCUGGAAGCCCAAAUUAUGUAACAAUAAAAACAAAUAAAAACUUGAAAUUGUUUAAAUGGUGGGCCCUGAAUCUAUAAUCUAUAAAAGUGUAAUUUUUUUUGAUGGAAUUAUGGAAAUAAAUAAACUUUUCCAUGAUAUUCUAAUUUUUUGGAAAGGGUUUGUAUAUGAAGCCUCUGGGUUAUAUAAAGCAAUUAAGUUUAACAGGUUUAAAAUCCACCCAAUCCCCUAACCCAAACCCUAACCUCUAACCCUAACCAGCAAAAAAGAACAACAUGCUGAAAUGUAGAAAAUGAAAUGAUUCACACUUUCUUUGAGCUUCUAAGUGAACAAAUAAACACUGUUUUCUGCAGAAUAUGAGAGAUCUUAACCUAAAAAACCUCAAUUAACUCUAUUUAGGGGCUAUUCUGCCAUUUUUUUAACCACAGCCCUCCUUCUGUAGAGGUUUUUUUUCAUCAUUUUGUCACAUGGCAGAGUUGAACCAAAAGGGAAAGGACCCAAAUGCAGACAAAAAAGGGGUUUAUUUAAAAAGAAGGGAAUAAAAAGCAACAAAAACUUAAUUUAAAAAAAAAAAAAAAAAAAAAAAAACAGGAGACAAAGGAUUUCUGCAUAAACUAUCACAGGGAACAGGCAGACAAGCACACACACUGACAUACAAUGAACCAACAAGGACAGAGGGGAAGACAGGGACUAUAACGAGCAACAGGUGAGGCAGCAGAGACACAGGUGAAACUCGUUGGUGAUUAACGAGGGAGGGAAAACUAGGGAAGUAAAACCAGACUAGAAACACAAGGAAUCAACUACUACAAAAUAAAACAGGAAACACUGAAAACAGAUAUAAAGAAUAAAACACAGAGAACAAGAGAGAAACAGGGUCAAACACAAAUUCAAAACUCACAAGACAGGACUACAGGGGAACAGAAACACGAGGGAAAAACUAAAUCAACAGAACAUUUCAUGACACAUUUUUGGAACAUGUUUACCCCUGACCUGUAGUGUACACCUGCGCUUUCCCUGCCCUGUGAAAAAAAAAUCUACGCUCUGUCUGCUCAGCUGUGAAGUCCUGAAGGAUACGAUGUCCUCGGAUUUCUUCGUACUGCCAAAAGAUGAAAAAGUCGAUUCAUCUUUUUGUGAAUAAAGGACACUCCUCGUCCAAUUUUCCGCUCUUCUAGAGCAGAUGUUUGAGAUUAUACAGAUAUUUUUCUCAAUCUCCUCUCGUGUAUUUUAGGCCUCUUUCACAGAACUCCACGAAACGCUAACAACACAAUAAUGAUAAUUAAUGAAUGGCUGUUUUAUGAUGGUGAUUUGGCACAACUCCAAUCCUCAGAGCACUUAUUAUCAGCGAGAUAUACAGUCCUAUUCAGAAGUUUAAUUGCAGGCACUCUGCUGUCUGUCAAGUUUAAAAACGAUGCCGUGACAAAGCGCCUUCGCAGAUUAAACUGUAGAACAUUAUCUCUUUAAUAAAACAACGCAUUUGUUAAAGAUAAUAAAUUGUGUGUUUGUAAAUGACAACACAAAAGGCAGAUGUUUAACUGGUGCUGCAUUGCCUUCAUCUCUUCCAUUAUUAAUCCACAUUGUUCUCAUUAUGGGUGCUAUUGUUAUCGAGGCCUUUGUCUCUCAGCACACGAUAAAUAGCUUCUCCAGAGAACAUUGCCUCCCGACUCCAACUCUCAUGUGCUUGGUACAAAUCAGAAGAGCAAAUGAAACACGUUUUAGCCCAAAAGCACUCAGGGCAAAGGGGGGCAGACAAAUCCAAAGUCUGUUGAUAGAAGUUGGUGGUCGGUGGUUGGUGUGUGAGGCGCUACUGGAGAUGUGUUUAUGGGAUUCAGUCACUUGUGUUUGUGUGUCUUCGCCUGGAGAGAGGGGAAAGCAUUUUGCCAGGAACCAAAAUCUGAAAAUGGUUUUGACGGAGGCUGCUGCUUUAUUUCCAGGGGGACAAAGAAGCGGAGCUCGGCCUGCCGUUCUCCCCGCUCUGCGACCGAAAGUCCACAAUGGUCGCACAGUCCCAGAUCGGUGAGUGGCUUUUCUAUCCUUUAAACACACCGCCUAUCUAGCGGUGCAUGUCCGUAUCGGCAAAUAUCAAAAGCUCAGCUCUCAGACUCUUUUAAAGAUUUUUUUUCCCCAUCUUACACACCUACACACCGCUGCAUUUUGUCCCUGCUUUUAUUUCAUUUAGGCAGCAUUAGGAAAAGCAGUAAUUAAAGCCUGGAGGGUGGUAGCAGUGAGCAAUGCUUUUACAAUGCACACCAAUAAUUGAAACCAUUUGAGAUAAGCACAUCAUCAUCGAAUCUAUCGGCUCAGGAGAAGCUCCGAGCUGAUAAAAACAAAGACAAUGAUCAGUGUUUUUAUCAGUUUAGAAAUUGCUUUUGGAUGCUGGACUGUCAGAUAAAACGUUUGUAGAAGUGACAUCCUUGAAAGCACCAGUGAAAUAAAGCAGUUUUAGGGUUAGGGUUAGGGUUUUGAGGUUUGAUUCUGGCUUUUGACGUCUUAGUUUUUUCUAAAAACCAGAAGUGAUGAUUCUUGGACAUGAAGGAAGAGGAAGGGCUGAGUUACGCACAGAUAUACAGUAAAAGCUGCAGUAUAUUUUAGCUGAUUUUAAAGCGGUCCAUUGCUCGGCUCGCAUCAAUCAAAUCAAGUGGCCAUUCAUGGAACUGCAGCUUUCUGCAGUUUAACUAUGACUUCUUGAUGUGGGAGGUUAGCAUUUGCGACUCCAUGACCUCUGUGGUAUAUUUAGAAUAAGAUAAGAGAAGAUAUGUUACGAUGAGAUAAUAUAAGAUAAGAUAGUACUGAAGAGGAUUAGGGCCACAAGUAGAGAAAAGAAUAAACACAGGAGAGAGAUGUCUUAAAUGUCCAUUUCAAGAUUAAAGUUGAACUUUUAAGAAGUUGAAAUGAAAACAGUCAAAAUUUCGAGAUUAAAAAAUCAAAAUUAUGUGAAUAAAGUCAAAAUUCCGUCUUUAAUCUAAAAAUUUUGUUAAUCUCAAAAUUUUGACAUUUUGUAAACUCGAAAUUAAUCUCAAAAUAUCCAUUUUUAAUCUCGAAAUUUUGACUGUAUUGACAUAAUUUUGGUUUCUUUGAUCUCAGAAUUUUGACUUUAAUCUCAACUUGAAUUUCCUCCCUGUAAUUAUUUUUACUUAAUUAUUUUUAUUUUUUUCUCUUCAUGUGGUCGGAAUCCUCUUUCAUAAGACAGGACAAGAUAAGAUAAUAAAAAAGGAAAUUUUAAUGAGAAAUUCUGCUCUGUACAUCACAAGUUUUUUUUUAUUUUUUAUUAUGAGCGCAAAUAUUACCCUGUUUUUGUUUCGUCAGAUUCAUCCUCGAUAUGCUGUUAAAGGCAAAUAGGUUGUUCCUCCACCAUGCUGUCAAUGAUUUAGUCUGUCUCUUAUUCAGUCACAGUGAAUACAAGCAUUCAGAAUCACAUCAGGAAUAGGUUUUUAUGCUGCUGCUGGUGGCCUGAUUGCUCUUGUAGGGCAUAAAGAUGUAUCAAUAUUGAUUUAAUCCAUUUACACUCUCCUCAUAGAGGCUUUCUGACCUUGCUGUCUGUGUAUUUGAGUCUCAAAUUUAUUGUAAUUGAUAAAUGAUGAUUAUAAUCUUGAUUGUUCUUGCUGUUUUGUCUUCAUUAUUUGAUUAUUCAAAUCUCUGUCACCAGGCUUUAUAGACUUCAUCGUGGUGCCCACCUUCACGGUGCUGUCGGACAUGAUGGAGCGUAUCGUCACACCGCUCAUCGACGAGGCUUCCCAUUCGGGUCUUGCCGGUUUUAGACGCUCGAGGUAAGCUGCGGCGCUUUAACUUGGACAUAAAAAAUAAUGUUGAACCAGCUCAGUAGCAGAACCGAGUAGACGAAGGUGGGUGAUCGUUCGGAAAGCUGAGUGAACUUUAAUCAACCAGCCUGGUAAACCAAGAAAAGAGAAUCCACUGUUUCCAAGCUUUCACUCUUUACACUUGUCUGGGUAACUGCUGGUUCAGUGGUGUGAUUAAACCCCAGUAGCUCUUCUGCAAUAGCAGCACAUCUAAUGGGAGUAUUGAGAACAGCAGAUGAAUCCCCCAUAAGUAAUCCAUUUCUGUGCGUGGAAGUGUCUCCACCUUUCAUCAGGCAGAGCCACACACCUUGAAAUUGAUAUUUUAGAGAUGCUAAUUCUGCCAUCCCUGAUCCAGAAUGGGCCCCGGUGCCGGUUCUGCAUACACAUUAGGCUCUGGAGAUGCAAAAUGAAACGAUUUUGUCUCCGCCGGCUUAAUUAAUUGGUUUAGUACUUUUCCUCCAGCCUCCGAGUAAAUCAGAUAUUUAGUCUUUGAAACCGAACAAAUAGGAAAGUACACUCCGCUUGCUCUAGCGUAACUAAUAAUUGAAGUAUCCAGAGAAAAAUGAUUUUGAAACUUCAAAUUGGUUAUUUCUUUGAAACUCGAGCCUGUUAGAGAAUAAAGCUGUACUUGGGGAGUCUGGCUCUGUAUCUUCUGCAGCACCUGCACAUCAAUAUCGCACUCCUCAUUUACAACAGUCAUUAGCAUCACUCAGUGGGCCUCCAGUGGAAGCUAACCAAGUGGAAAUCUCAGAUAGUGUUUCUUCUCAUGCGGCCUCCUUGUCUCCACACACACCUGGGUGCUUCUGUGCGUCCUUUGGCUGCUUUUUCACAGCAUUUAUAGCUGCUUUCAAUCAUCUGUAACUACAGUAUGUCUGCUCACUCUGUCUGCCUCUGGUUAUCAGUCGGUCUUUCUUUCAUCCCUCAUCAGUGUGCAGUGAAAUAUAAAAGGCUGCACUUUUCUUUGUAGCUAAACCUGCAGCUCUGCAAAAGGAUGGUAGUGUCAUACUGUGACUUUGUUAGUUCACUUUGGUCCCGACUAAUAGAUUUGUAGAUGGUAGAUCUCGGAAAGAUGGCACCACAUUUGAAGUUCAUAUCAAAGCAAUCGGAUGCGAAUCAGUACCUCCAAGUCCAAGGCCACGGUCCUCAGUCGGAAAAAGGUAGAUUGCCUUCUCCGGGUCGGAGGGGAGGUCCUGUUUCAAGUGGAGGAGUAUUUUGGGAUCUUGUUCAAGAAUGAGCCAAAGUCAAGAAAGAGCUAAGUCAUAAGGCGAGACUCUCGAUUUACAGGUCGAUCUAUGUGCCAACCCUCACCUAUGGUCAUGAACUUUGGGUAAUGACCAAAAGAUACAAGUGGCUGAAAUGGGUUUCCUCCGCAGGGUAGCCGGGCUCAGCCUUAGAGAUAGGGUAAGGAGCUCGGACUACUGGGGAGGCACUCAGAGUAGAACCGCUGCUCCUCCACAUCGAGAGGAGUCAGUUGAGGUUGCUCGGGCAUCUGGUUAGGAUGCCGUCUGGACGCCUUCAGUUAGAGACCUGGCCGGCCCAGGACUGGUCGGAGGGAUUAUAUCUCUCGCCUGGCCUGGGAGCACCUGGGAAUCCUCCCGGAGGAGCUGGUGGAGGUGGCUGGGGUGAGGGCCGUCUGGGCUUCCCUCUUGAAGCUGCUGCCCCCGCGAUCCAGACAAGCGGAAGAAAAUGACGACGAAGAUCAAAGCAAUCAUCGCUUUGAUUGUUUAGUAGUAUCUGAUCAGAACACAUGAUUGAAAUUAUUACUAAACUGACUUUCUUUGUAACUCAUUGAUGGAUCCUUUAAGUCUAAAAUGAACCCCAUUGUUAACCAAGAUAUUGACUUGGUUGAAAACAGAGUAAAAUCAAGUCAGAAUGAUCUAGAUGUGAUUUAAACUAGUUCUCAAUGGCAGAUACAUGGUACUUGAAACACCUUGUAUUCAAAGAUGAAGUUUUAAUAAUUAAAGAAAAUGAAAAAUAAACUCUGUCCGGGCUGUUUGGUGUUACACGGGACAUUGUAAACAGAGUAGUUUUAAAAUAACCCACAGAGGGCGGAUCAAAGCAUGCCCAUGCUGGUACUUCGACUGUAAAAGCAGUGAACCCCUUGCAUGCUGAAGUAGUCCAGUCUCUUAUUUUAGUCCAGGCAGUCCGUCCCGCUACCCUCUUAAUUUUUUUUUCAGCAAUACAUACCAGAUGUGACUAUAAAUCACUGGUAAUACAUGUGCUGCAACCAAGCAGCAGCCUACAGUUUUGAAAAAUAAAGCCAUUUCAGAGGAGCUAUAAACUGCAGUUCCUUAAGUGUCCACUUGAGGCUGGCUGCUAAAGUCCAAGAAGCCACAUACACACCCAUUUAAAAAAAAAAAAAGAAACUGUUUCUGUCUGCAAGCUGACUUAAGGUGGUGACAGCUUAAUAUCUGGUAAACAUCAACCCAUCCGCAGUGUUUCUGUAAACAUGUAAAGAUGCUUACAUUAGCGUUCAUCUAUAAAUGUCACUGCAGCUGGACUGAAGUGGUGCGGCUGUAAAAUCUUAAGUAGUGUUGACCCUUUAAAUUUCCUCCACCGUCUUAUCUCUCCGUCCAGUCUAAACAGUAUUAGCUCAGACGAGACCAAGAGGCACAGCGUGAAGAGCGUGGGCUCCGACAGCAGCUCGUCGGGACAGGGAUCUCUGCUGACGGUGGACCUGAAGAACUUCAAAGCCUUGUGGAACGAAGAGGUUUAUCAGAACAGAGAGAGGUGGAAAGCACAAGCUGCUAAAGGUACAGUACGUCCACGAAGACAAAAUCCUAAUUCAGGAAAAUUUGGCGAUCCAGGGAACAUUAAUGCUUCAGUAAAACAGAUCCAUCCAUGAAAAUCCAGCAGGAUGUGUAAAAUUGGCUUAUAGAGCUGCAACGCUCUUAACGCCUGCAAUGCUCUUAGCUCACUCAGAAGGGGAUUGUGACUGACCUGUGUUAGAGCGGGAUUUUGUUGGGCAUACAGUCAUCUCUGUGUCUUUGCAUCAAGUUUUAUUAUUAUGUUUAUUUAAGCUGGAGCCAUUUUCAGACCAGACACCCAUUUGAAGAGGUACUUAAGUUGUAAAAAUGAAAUGUAACCCCUGAGUUUUAUUAUUAAGCCAUUAAUAUGAUCAAUGUAUCCGUCUCUAGGUAAUGCGACAUUCAUGUGGCUGUUUUUAUUUUUAUCCUUCGCAUAAAAACUGGACUCUAACUUUCGAAAAUGAACUUUCGACGAACCAGAAUCCAUCUCUUAAGUUUGUUUUCAUUAAGUUAUUUAUUGACCAACUGAAGUGUUCAUACGGCUUAGCUGUAAUAUCUUUUAUGAGUAGACAUUUUCAAGAUAUACCAGUAGUUUACUUUAGCUGGUUGCUCUCCCUCAUCUUCAAAAGUGAUAACUGUGUUUGCAGUUUGUCUCCCGAGUUAAUAAUCCUGUAGACGUUUUUAUUCGCUCUGAAACUAAACUAAUGGUCUGAAAAGCUCAUUUAAUGUUCUGGCUUUAAAGAGGAGGAUAAGAUGGUGACUCACACUCACAGUCUUUCAAACGCUAACCUGCUCCUGUGCUCCGCCAUGUGACCUCAGAGGCGGAGGAGCGAGCCAAAAAGGAAGCCGAGGAGCAAGUCCAGCAGGAAGAGACCAUGGAGCCCCAGGAGGGCCACACAGACUCAGAGCAGCCCGAACCAAAAGAGGACAACGAGGAGGGGGAGGAACCGCAGUCGGCAGAGGACGGCAGACCAGCAGAUGGCAACACAGAGGAGACAGAGCAGGAGGCUCAGGCGGGGAGCACUGCGCACACUCCACUGCAGAACGGUACGUCCCUUUGACGGGGUAAUCCUAAAGCACUGUCCGCUUUAGACAAGUGCCUUACAGUGAGAAUAGUGAUGUGUUCAGUCAUUAAGCAUCUCUAAAAGAGGACCAUCUGUCACUUUAUCAGGCACCAAACACCUUCAUUUAACCCUGAAAUGUCCCACAGAGUGUCCCAGAGAGACCUCCUAAUCUGACUGUUUUGAUUUGUGUUCCAUUCUUUAUUCAGUGUUUUGGUUUUCUGUUCCCUAGAGUUUCAUUUUUCCUCCCAAGAAACUCAAAGGUGGGGCAGACAGGAAUCCGUUAAAGAAGCAUCUUUUUUUGUGGUGAAAAUACAAAAAAGCUUUUAAUAUCACUCAAUAGCUAUUAGUUAUUGAUGACAUUUGGUAAUAUAACGAUAUCACUGUGUAUUGUUAUGUCUGUGUAGUCAACAUUUACAAUUUUUUGAGCGACCCGUUCUUUCUGACUACAAACAAAGCCGUUCUCCGCCUCCCCCAACCUGAUUGGUUGUGAGGCAGACGCUGCUCCCCCGUGUUGUGAGGCACGGUCCAGGUCCUUGAAUAACAUUCACGAGCCGAAACAAAGUUAGCGUGCUACAACAUCGGACAGCAGAAACCAACCAGAAUGUACAGAAAAAUGUCUGAAUCCUCCUUUGACCACGACUGCCGACACAAGCGAGAAAACAAAGUAAAUACCGGAGACUCUGGCGGAAUAACGGGCGCUUAAAAAGGAGGUAGACCACCGGACAAGAGCUAAAAAGCCAAACAGGACCUGCUGUAGCGUGUUGUAGCGACACUAAACUGUUGACCUCGGGUCCUGGACUAUGUCACUUUAUCCUAGUUUUAGAAGUCCUGCAAACAUUGUGUUUGUUGGUAGUCUGUUGGCAUCUACAGUAGCACCAAUGCGUUUUACUUUGGGCCCCAUUUGUAAUUAUCUGAAGUUUUUAUCUGCAUUAUAUCUGAAUUUAAUUGAAACGAUACGAGUGAGCAGGAGCGUCUGUUUGUGGGCGGGGCUUGCUGGAGCAGAGAGGGAGGGGAGAGGAGGAGCUGAGGGGAAAACUGGUUGGGAGGGGUCGUGUUUACAUUCAAGAUUCCUCCCAAUAACUGGUACUUCCUCAGAUCCUGACUACCCCACCUUUAAACGGAUGAAUUUUGGGCUGAACUUCUUCACAGUGACUUUUGUGUCCCCUCGUAGUACUUUUUAUUUCUUGAGUUCUUAUGUAAUCAGUUCGAGGUGGCCUCACAAUACUAGUUUCACUCCCUUUACAGUAAUUUUUUUGUACCUGUCCAAUGAGUUUUGUUGCUUUGUUUGUUGGGCAUUAGUUUUACUUACGCUAGUUUGGUUUUCCACUGACGAGGUCUGCACCAUCUGUCAGAUUGUAAGAUCUGCUCCAAGCGUUGGUGGUUUUGGGAAAGUUUGUGCUCCCUCACAUGAAGUUUUUUGUUUUUAUACCUUUUGAAUCAUUUGUGUUCCCUCUCAGUUUGCUCUGAGGCUCGUGUCCAAAUCCAAAACAGAAAGAUUUAGCUUCAUUUGUCUUCUGAACAGGGAGCAGGUAAGGCAGACAGAAACUACAGUGAAGUAAGGACCGCCAGGGGAGAUCAAAUCCUGCAAGUGUGACUAUGAAAGUGGAAGCAGGCGGGCGGGAGACGUCAGCUGAUGGUAUCUAAAGUGAAAAAAGGUUCUUGUAAGGCAGGAGGGAGCGGCUGGAGUCGGCGUUAGCGAGAUGACAGGAACAGGUGGAGAAGUCAGGCAGCAUCUGGUAGACGAGUGGAGAAUGAAAAUGAACAAGUUUGUGGAGACGACGGUGACACUUCACUUUACAGUUCAUAGUGGGAUCAGCUGCAGAUGAGGACUGUGAAGCGUUGAAUAUACCGCGCUAACGGCUCUCUGUCAUCUGAUAGGAGCUCUGCAGGUUAAAUCUUAUGUGGCUUAACUUCCUGAGACACAAAAGAACUUCCUGUUGUGAGUUUCUGUAUCAAAACGCAGCACAUUCAUGAAUCCACAAGAGCUGAAACAGCAUGUUCAGAAUGACCCGCUGGCCGGUUAAGUCGAAGAUGCUGGUUAAAAUUUCAUGAGGGUGAAAAAAGUAAACUCUGAGGAUUUGAGUUCAUGUUUGGAGAGAGAGCAUGAGGCUCCCCAAAAAAACAAAACAAAAAAAUAAAGCUUGUGGCCCCAUGACUAAUAACUUAUCUCACUUUUCAGGGGAGCUGUCUGAAGGGGCGAUAUCUCCAGAGGGCGAAGACGACAAAAACAAAGGGGUCGAUGGUGAGUUUGUUCCUGCAGCCCACAUACACUGCUCUGUUGUUGGAGGGAGAUUCUCCCAUUAUAACUAGAUCUUCAUUUUCCAUUGGGACUCAUUAAAUAUACACAAAAUGUACACAACCACAUGACUAGACAAGCCAGCUCUGGAUACAUUGAACCACCUAAACCAAGAACAGAGCUCCUCAAAUCUACUUCUACCUAUCGAGCCAUUACAGGGUGGUACUCAAUGCCUAAUUAUAUAAAAAAUUCAAGCAAAAAAAUAGUUUUCAAGAAGAACUUAAUGAUGAGAUCAAGCCUGUGCUAACCCUCAGUGGCACUAAACUCAUGUAUUGUCUAUGAUCCUGUCUUAUUUCAAAUUGAUUCCUUCUCUUAUUUCCGUGUAACGCUCUUUUUUCCAGUUUUUAUUGAAUUGUUUUGUAGAUGAGUGAUUGUACAAUCAUGAAUGAAUGUUUAUGUAAUGUUUUAUUUUCUGUGUUGGACCCCAGGGAGACUAGCUUUGUCUCGGCAAAAGCGAACGGGGAUCCUAAUAAACAAUAAACUACGAACAAUGACAAACAAAUACUAGAUUAACCCUCCUAUCAAUACUUCUUUUAUAAUACUUCUAUCAAUCAAUAUGAUCAACAAAUGACUAAAAAAGCACCUUAUUACAGUCCGAUUAAUGAUAAAUAGUCCUCUUGUGGUUUAUCAGUUUCCAAAAGCAUCUAAUGUAUCAAACGAGAUAAAUAAAUAUGUUUGUAAAAUUUUGAGGACAUUUUGAUUUCUUUUUGGUUUUCAGUAGUAAGUGAAAUAAACAUUUCUGCUCCAAAGAAAUUACAUUUUUUGGCCAUAAUUUGUAGUUUCAGACAUUAUAGGGCUAGACAUUUUACCACUUUAAUGAAUCCAAUCUGGACUAACUCCUUUUUGUGUUUCUCUUAAGCAGAGGUGGCGAUGGAAUAA